AUGGCGGAUCCAAUCAUGGAUUUAUUUGAUGAUCCAAAUCUAUUUGGAUUGGACUCUUUAACAGCAGAUUCUUUUAGUCGAGAUGGGCCGGACACAAUGGAUGAAGCGUUGGGCCUUGGCAGUGUUCUGGGGCCUUUAGAGCAGCUUACAACAGACAGAACAGAUCCUAGUAUAUUGCCCAGUACUGAUUUAGGUGUGCAUCGAACAGAUCCACCAGUUCUUCAAGAUGCUCCUACUUCAGUUUCCACAGCAGAACCAGUUCUAUCCUCUCAGGUGACCACAAAUCCAGAACCUCUAAGCCAAGGGAACCCUUUUAUGGGUACUUCAAGUGCUGGAACAGGGGCCCCAAAAAUUAUGAUCCUGAAAGCACCUGCAGGAAUGACUGUGAGUGGUUGCCCUGUUACACAGAUACAGACUCUGACUCCUGGCCAAGCAGGUAAUGGUGGCAAAGUGACCUUUGCCAAGGUGCUGACUGGGACUCCUUUGCGACCUGGAAUGUCUAUUGUAUCUGGGAACACUGUGCUUGCUAAAAUCCCAAACCAAGCGAUUGGUGGACAAGCAGGUGGAGUCAGACCUAUUCGCCAAUUGCUGCUUCAACCUAUGCGGACUACAACAACCACUGGAACAGCUGAUGUUAGCACAGGUGUGAAACCUGGAGUGACUUUGACCUCAGCACCUCAACAGGUAACAGUAUACUUUACUGUCUAACAAAAUAACUUAAAUGGCCCAAUAUAAAUGUUACUUGAUGCUUCUUUGCCCUUUUCUUUCUUUUUAAUGGCAAUAUUCUAUGUGUAUAGUGGAUAGACAAGGUUUUUCACCUUUUAAUACAAGCAAUAAUUUCUGUUCAAAUGAAACCAUGCUGUCUGUAAAAGUGAAUUUCAUUUUCUUCUCUAAUAAAUAAUGCAUUUCUUUUAGGCUUGAUAUGUUAAAGGUCUCAGUCAAACCAUACAUUUGUUAUUAGUGAGAAUUUCAUGUAAAGGUGUAAUAACACUUUUGUGUGUUAAUCUAACUUCUCUCUUUAAUAUUCCUUCUUUCCCACAGGGUGAGUCAAAGCGAAUUACACUGGUGUUGCAGCAGCAGCCAGCCCAGGCAGGUUCAGGAGUGCAACAGGGGCAACGUCAUGUUUUGCUAGGUGGGCUCCCAGGAAAGAUUGUCCUGCAAGGAAACCAGUUAGCAGCAUUGACUCAAGCUAAAACUCCUCAAGGACAGCCUGCCAAAAUGGUGACUAUUCAGCUACAGGUGCAGCAGCAGCCAGGGGUUGCAGGCCAGGCACCUCAGAAGUUCCAGAUUUUGCAACAAGGACCAGGAGGUCUGACUAUUGCACCAGCUGGGCAGCAAACACAUGUUUUGAGUCAGCAAGGCGCACAAAGGGUUUCUGUCCCUCUCAAAGUUGUUUUGCAACCACAGGUAGGAAAUGUCUAUGGACUGGUAAUAACAUAUUUGUUCCCACUUGUGUUGUCGGUUUGCACAUUUUUUAUAAAAAUGUUAUUUCAUUAUUUUACCAUAUUCUUAGGUGGGCUUUUUUCCAGUUACUACAAAUUUGCCUAUAUAUAGUGCCCUGAAUUAUUUGUGAAUUACUUUCUUUUACUUACAGGCUGGCUCAUCACAGGGAACCACACAAGGAUUGUCAGUUGUAAAAGUCUUAAAUGCAAGUGAGGUUGCAAAUUUCACUGCUGGUCAAACUUUGGUCAAAGUUGGAACAUGUACAGGUAUGUUGACAAUAGCAGACUUUUGAAACCCUUCGUGCAAUUUUAUGUUUUCCGUUGUUCAUCUGUGCGACCUAACAUCAUUAUAUCUCGAUUAAUAUGUAAUUUCUGUGUGUGUGAUGGGUCAUAGCACUAAUGUUUCUGUUUUUUGCCACUGCUUUUUCAUUCUUCUUGGCUUCAUCAUCUUGUGCAUGCGAUAAGCUAUGUCUGGAAAGCAUUCUACUCAGUUUGUCAAGUCAGUGCGGAGUUAGAAUAUUUGAUUGACAUGUUAAUGGCAGGAAUCCCUUUAACAAUUUCCUCUUUCUAGCUGUCCCUGUAUUUGAAUAAUAUUGUUGGUUACAGGUGGUGAAUCCCGUAAGCUGGACCAUCAGAAGAAGCAGGAGAAAGCGAAUCGUAUUGUGGCUGAGGCAAUUGCCAGGGCUCGAGCCCGUGGUGAGCAGAAUAUCCCCCGUGUAUUGAAUGAGGAUGAGCUGCCACGUGUCAACCCGGAAGAUGAUGAUGGGAGCAGUAGGAAGAAAAAGAAGAAGAGGAGUGAACCGGGGGAGAGGUCUAGCAGUGAAAAAAACAAAAAGAAACCAGGGAGUGGAAGCUCAAGAUCAAGAAGUAAAGCUAAAGCCAGGUGAAAAUAGUUUCCAGACCAGUACAGUUGUCUUAUUAAUUCAUAAUGCCAAUAAGUGAAAAAUGAUUUCUAUAAAUUGAUAGAGGUGAAAGUAGAGAUGUUUAUUAAAAUACAUGUAAAAUUAAAAUGUUGAUUUGCAUCCAGUACAAUUACCCCUAUUGUUGGGAAGAAGAGGAAGCGAAACCCAUCUUCUGAUAAUUCUGAUGCCGAGUUGGUCCCAUCUCAGGCUUCUGCUGCAGAAGAAGAGGAUAGUGUUCAGGUAUGGCUAUAGAAGUUUGUCAUGAUGUAGAGAGAGUAAACAUUAACCAUAAGGAAGAUAACUAAAAUUAAUCAAGGUGUUAAAUUUCCUUCAAGGAAAUGCUGAUGUAAUGAAAAAGUAACAUUACAGAGUAAUUUUGUUCAAGUAGAUUGGGGAUUUGUGAACUGACACCUGACUUUGCAACAUGAGUGCCAGAGCACACAAGUUCAGAAUAUAACCUGAGGGAUUUUUUUUUUUUUUUCAGUUCUGUUUUAUUCCUAACAUUUGCAGAUUUUGUUUUCCGUUCAGCAUUUAUUGAAUAAACAUCAACAAUGUAUUGUAUUGUGUGUUUUCCUAGGUUUUCCUAUUUGUAUUUAGACGUUAUUUAAAAACUUAGCUCAUUAAUUGUCAGACUAAUCCAUUUUGAUGCAUGUAAGAAGGGCAGUGUGUGCUGAGGAAACAAGAUAUAUCUAUUAAAAAUGUUUAUAUUUUAGAAAGGUAUGUGUUGUUAAAUCACCCCAUCAUAAAGGCUUGUAAUAUUAAAAAUGUGUAUGUUCUUCUUCAGAAGAGACGUUCAAAUCGCCAAGUCAAAAGGAAGAAGUAUACUGAAGACCUGGACAUUAAGAUAACCGAUGAUGAAGAUGAUGAAGAAGUGGAUGUUACUGGGAUUAUCAAAACUGAGCCUGUACUACUACCAGAACCCACACAAAUUCCAGACAGUGAAGCAGUACCAUCAAUGCAAUUUUUUGUAGUAAGUGAACUAAGACGUGAAUAGUUAAAGGAACUCUCCAACAUUAGAAAGCAAUUUCUUUUUAACAUUGGAGUUUUUUUUUUUUGUGUAACUUCUAGAUUGCUGCCGGGCCAAUCCAAUACUCCUCACAGAGGAGCAUUGGUAAGAGGCAUGCAUGCGCAGCAAGUGCUCUAUGCUGAAUUGCUUCUAUGAGAAGCCCUCACUUCUGCUUCGAGCAUUUAGUCAAGAUGAAUGAGGGAAAGGACAGUGUGUGGUUGACAUCCAAAAAAUGUCCAAUACAUAAGAAUAGCUGAAAGAUUAUUGAACAAUAUCAGAGUAUGUGAAAGCGACCUAAUUUUUGUCUGCACUAGAUAUUAAAUAUUAUUAAACAAUAUUUUGUGUAUUUAACCAUUCAGGGCAAUUAAAAUAUUUAGAAAAAUCAAGAAUAGCACUGCAUAAGAAUGAAGUCCUUAUAGAAUAUUGAUAAAGGAUUCACAAGAAAAUCUCCAGUUGGCGCAUUUAAUGUAACUUUUUUUUUUUUUUUUUUUUAAGACUGAAUAUGCUCUACAAAAAUUUAUAUUUUCCACGUGUACAAUCACAUUAAUCAAAUUAAAUGCACUAAUGUUUCAUAGGCAAGCUAUUCAAUAAAGCAUGGGAGCUGAAACACUGAAGUAGCCUGUAUCAAAAGUGAUGUCAGGGCUGCAGUUGCUUAAUUACAUGAAAGUGAGAAAGAAGCAUGCACAGAGGAGUAAGGACCCUUUCAGUUUCCUGAAACCAAUAAAAGGAGACUAAAGGGACACUCUGUUAACCCCUAAAGCACUUGAGCUUACAUUUAUUUAUAUAAAUGUUUUUUCCUUGAUUUGCAGGAGAACCCAAGUGAGGAAGAUGCUGCAAUAGUUGACAAGAUCCUGUCAAUGCGGUUGGCAAAAAAAGAGGUGCAAAAAAAUCUAAUUGUGUCUGUUGCUACUACAAUACUACCUCCAUGUCUUCAUUCUCUAUGAAACCUUUUUGGCCUGUUAACUGUUCGUUCUAGAUGUGUUUCUAUUUUAAGUUUCUCUUCAUGUCAAAUGUACUAGUUUCCUUUUUUGUUCUUCUCAUGUCUUCCUUUCUCCUUAUGUUUUAUAGCUUUCUCCAGGAAUUUACAUUAAUGCUGAAGAAUACUUUGUUAAGUAUAAAAAUUAGUAAGUAAACAUUUUGUUGUUUUUAUAGUUUCCAUUAUACAAAGUCAAUACAUCUUAUGUAUUUAAAAGCAAAUGGUUCUCUGCAAUUUCAUUUCCCAUGCUGAAUAUUCAUAUAUGCAAUUUUUUUUCCCAGCUCCUACUUGCAUUGUGAAUGGGCCACUAUUCAACAGUUGGAAAAGGACAAACGCAUACACCAGAAAUUGAAACGAUUCAAAACUAAAAUGGCACAAAUGCGACAUUUCUUGCCUGAGGAUGAGGAGUCAUUCAACCCUGAUUAUGUAGAGGUUGAUCGAAUUCUCGACGAGUCUCACAGUGUUGACAAGGACAAUGGGGAGGUAAGUUGACUUUUGAGACCAUCUCUCCCGCAUCCGCAUAUGUAGGUGACGUUUUAUCCCUAUGAGUCACAAUAGUGUCUAAUGCACAUACUUGGCACUUUAAGGGUUCAAACAUACUCUGUCACGUUUCUCCAGCAAUAGUGCCGUUACUUACUUUAAAUGCAACGAGGAAGUGGCAGGAAAUUUGAAAUAGAUCCUUUAUCACUGGUACAUUAUAUAGUCAUUGCUUGACAUAUAUUUUUCAUAUAUACCAGUGUUGGGGUGUGUGUGUGUGUGUGUAAGGCUUUUUUAUAUUUUUGGAUUAAUGUUUUUAAGAAACUUUUGGAUGCAGGGAGGCCCUACAAUCAGUGGUCUCAUUAGCUGAGAUGCAUUCAAGUCUGCAAGAUAAAGCUUUGUAUAAUAUGAUGGGGAAAAAAAAAAAAAAAAAAUAGUCUUGCUAUAUGUAAAUUUUAUUUAUUUACAUAUAUAUAUAUUAGUAUGUUUGUUUUUUUUUUAGUUAUAAAUCCUCUUCAUAUUUCAGUUUAAACAUUUACACUUUUGUACGGUUUUUACAGUUUGAUGGCCUGUCUAGUGCUGCCAUAGAGAUUCACAUAAUUUAACGUGAAAUUGUGGACUUUUUAUGAAUUUUUUACUGUAUUUAGUGUAAUGUAUUCCGUGCUCCUGCGUUCCUGUCUACUGUAUUCUAAGAAUGUUAAACUUGCUGCUUGUUCAUAUCCCUUGAAUUUUAGUGUUGUAAGUACUUUUAGAUUUGGGAAUCUCAUGAAAGAAAUCUAAUCUACUGUUUACAUUUCCUAAUUCGAUGCUGAUAAUGUGUUUUGCGGUUGUGUUGUUCUACCCUUUUUAUUUGUUUUUGAAACUACUUUUAUUUGUGAACCGUCACUGUAUUUACUUUUGUAAACACAGUGACGGUUCCUCUGAUGCCGCUUUUUCUUUCCAUGUUUAUAUCAGCCGGUGGUUUAUUAUCUGGUGAAGUGGUGUUCGCUACCCUAUGAAGAUAGCACAUGGGAACUGAAGGAAGAUGUGGAUGAAGGAAAAGUUGAAGAAUUUAGACGCAUUCAGUCCCGGCUACCCAACCUUAAACGUGUGGUGAGUAACAUAAUACAAUAUAAUGACUACUGAAGGUGAAGUUUCAUAUGCUGUCCCAGCAGUAAAUCGAGUAAGAGUGUAGUUUAUUCAAAUUUGUCACUGGCAAAAAAAAAAAAAAUGUUUUGUCUGAGUAAGCACUGUAAGCUAAAGAACACCCUUUAUUAUUUUGGCUGUUGUAGUAUAGUGGCCCUUUUGUAAUAGCUAGGUUUUCAGCCAGUUGCUUCAGAGAGAAACCGUUAAAGGGCACCAUUAGUGAUGUCCCAAACGGUUCGCCGCGGACGGCGAACAUAUGCGCUGUUCUGUCUGCCCCCUAUUCAUCAUCAUUGAGUAAACUUUGACCCUGUACCUCACAGUCAGCAGACACAUUCCAGCCAAUCAGCAGCAGACCCUCCCACCACCUGGACAGCUCACUAAGAAUGCAGCUUCACAAUGAAUGUAAAAUGGAUGCUGUCCAGGAGGGAGGGUCUGCUGCUGAUUGGCUGGAAUGUGUCUGCUGACUGUGAGGUACAGGGUCAAAGUUUACUCAAUGAUGACAAAGGGGGCGGACCGAAUAGCGCAUAUGUUCGCCGUCCGUGGCGAACCGCUCGGCGAACCAUUCGGGACAUCACUAGUCACCAUUCAACCACAAAACUAUUUUAAUAAUCCUUUGAUUUGUAAGAAAAUAGAUUUUUUUUUUUUUUUUUAAAUUAUAUUUAUUUAUUUUUUUGUGUGUGUUUUAUAGUGUUAAAGUGUUAAAAAAAGAAAUAAAUAGGGGGGAAAAAAACCCUUAUUCCUACAAUUAGUAUAUAGCAUGGUCUUGCUUCACUGCACAGAAGCUGGGAAGACCGUAGGGACUAACUGUCGGUGUGUUUGUAUAUGGCUGAAAUAUCCUGCCCUAUACUAAGUGUAGGUAUUUUUCACAUAUACUUUUUCUAAAAAUGAAAGGAUUGUUGGCUUUAAAAAUGGUUUUAGGGCGACCGUUAUUUCAUUAUUUCUAUUUAAUUUAUGAUGCUUCGUUUCAUUCUGUAGAUUAGCAAGAUUGUAGAAAUGGAUAUUUUGUAUUUGAUGUAGAGUUAUUGAUAUACUUUUAGUCCUCCUCCUUAGCUACUUAAGCAGUUGCAUCAGAUUUGCUGCCUCAUUUCCAGCUGUUCCGAUCACUCAUUUAUUGCAUCUUGCAAAUUCUUGCGUUUUGCUCUAUAUGAAAUGUAGGCAAACAUGUAGAUACACUUUCUGCAGUACGUAUUAGAAACUGUUCUUGUUUUAAAAGUGUCCUUAGAAUUUGGCCUUUGUUCGUGUGAAAUGAAAACCGUUGCACGUGUAACUGUUAAUAUGUCGGUACCAGUAAAGGGUUUUAAAUUAGAAGCAGUUUGAGUAAAUGUGGAUACUGCUUUGUGAACACUGGUAAUUCAGGUAUAACUGUUUUUGUUACAGCCAUUGCGUGUUCAGCAUUCACUGGUCUCAAAAACACUCUUCCUUAUUGUUAAACGAACUGCAUAUAGGGAUUGUCUCAGUGCAUAAAUCUCUCCCUGUCUGUUACCUAUCAAAUCUAUCUGUAGUUAUGUAUGUUUACUGUUUAUGUAGUUAUGUUGCUGUUUACUGUGUAAGAAAUCUAAUCUUUAAUAUCUUUUAUAUGACAUUUGGAGUCUUUUUAAUCUGAACCCACUUGAAAAGGUUAAACAUUUUCUUAGUAGCCAGCAGAACAUCAAGUCAAGUUAGUAUUUCUUUAUCGAGCUACAGGAGAUGUCUCUCUGUUUCUAACAUGAGCUUGGAGUCUGUGUGUUUCUCUACUGAAAACCAUCUGAAGUUGAUAACUUUCUUCUUUGGGGUGGGGUGGGGGGGGUAAAUUUAUGUAUUUAACUUAUUUUUUUCUCAGUUUUGUUAUGUUGUAAGUUUUUGUUUGUUUACGCAUGCUAACAAUAGUGUUCCUUUUAAGUCCCGUCCAGCAGCGACCUCCUGGAAGAAGUUGGAGCUGUCACGCGAGUAUCAAAAUGGGAACCAACUGCGGGAGUACCAACUAGAGGGUGUUAACUGGCUGCUCUUCAACUGGUACAAUCGGUGAGUUAUUGCUACGAAGACCCAGUGUCCACAUGGUUAUUGUUAAAGCCUUUGGUUUCUUCUGAUGUUACUGUUUUCUUUUCCUACAGGCAAAAUUGCAUCUUGGCAGAUGAAAUGGGUCUGGGGAAGACUAUACAGUCUAUCACAUUUCUUCAGGAGGUGUACAACAUGGGUCUGCGGGGACCCUUCCUAGUAAUUGCUCCACUCUCUACCAUCACUAACUGGGAGAGGGAGUUUGCCAGUUGGACACAAAUGAAUACAAUUGUUUACCAUGGCAGCCUGGCUAGUCGGCAAAUGAUUCAGCAAUAUGAGAUGUACUGUAAGGACUCCAAGGUAACGUGUGUUCUCUCUUUUUCACCCUGUAAAAAGAAAUGCAUAUAAGUGAACUAAUUAUUGAUGAUAAGCUUUUAAAGCGGGUGUCGGCAACAUUUUUACACAUGUGUGCUUGAAGCCAUGUCUGCAGAUGGAUUGAGAGCCACCUUAAUCUAUAAAGUAAAAAUAUAAUAAAAAUAAAGAUAAUAAUAGUAAUCUGAUGAUCUUGUGUUGCAUUGUCAUAUAUAAGGAUAGCAAAUUAGAGAGCUAUUUGCUUAAACAGCCAAACGAUUGCAAUUCAUAAACAAAUUUUUUUUUUUUUUUGUGAAGAUAUUUUUUAUUAAAAGUUAAUCAGCAUUGUUUGUGCAAUCACAGUUAGCCGUGUGAGACUCUCAGGUCUUCUAAAUCUCUUACUAGUAUUUGGAUGUGCAGAUCCAACUAAUGAUUGAUUGAUGCAUGUGUUAAUAAACAUUAGGAACAAGCUGUGUGGAUCUGAACAGUAGUAUAACUUAGGGUACGGGCAUCCUCCAUAAGGUCGAUACUAGGAAGUGAAUGCUUUGGGGAGUCACCGUGCUAAUUCUGGUAUUACUCAGUGCGUGAUGAAUUGUAAGUGCAGUGCCAGUCCAUUUGUGUUUAGGGAAGAGCGCUAUGUGCCUGGGAUGCAGAUUGACUAUUAUCGUUUGAUGCUAUUUGUAGGCAUUUGUGUUUGCAAGAUGGCAACAUCGUUGUCAUACGGUAGACUACAGUCAGAGUGGGGUCCGGUCUAACGAGUUCACGGGCACCCAUUGCAACAUAACAAGUACAUUGCAUAACUUCGGUUGACUCGUCUACGUUCCCAGUCAUGGGCGUUUGUCGUCUGCCUUGGUGCAUGUAAAUGGUGCAGGCUAUAAAUGUGCUUAUAAUGCGAACAGGUUGUGGGGGGUUCAGGCAUUCAGCUCUUGGUGUACUAAGAUGUGAGUUGUUGCUAAAUUAAAUGGAGUGCUAAGGGUGGCCCGUUAUUAAUUGCUGUGUUGCCAUUGUGGCAUUGUGCAGUUGUGUAAUAUCAAUGUAUUUAUAUGUUUAAAGAGUUAAAGUGACUGUACAUUGUAAUCGUGGCUUUCAUUUGGAGGUAUGCAUGGGAUAGGAUGUGUAUAUGAUUAAAAAGUUCAUAUCAUUACGUUUUGCUUGCAGUUUUCUUUACAGUAGAAACAGAUAACAGUGGAACCUUUACAACAGCGAGGCUCACAGGCCUCCAUAAAUGUGAAACAUAGUGAGAACAUUGAGCACAGUUAGUAUUGUUCUAUCUGCUGCGAUGGGCCCAUAGGUCCGUAUAAUUGUAUCAUGGCCCUUCUGGGCAUUGUGUCGUCAAUCCCUGUUGGUGUAGUGUGUAGGGCUUACAUUCCUUGCACUUGGGUCUGCAAACCUUUUAACUUUAAAGUUUGGGAGAACAAAGUUAUUACACACCUCUACCAUAUAUGCAAGAUUGGGACCUCUUGCCAUUUCCAGAGCUACAGACCAAUCUUCAUUACCAUCAUAAUCCUUAUUUUCCUAUCUGCAACUAAAAACCAUAACAAUAUAUUCAACCUGUGGCUAAACCAGAGAUAACGGGCUCCAACUCAGUCUUUAAAGAAAAAUUUUUUUACUUAUAAAUAACCCUGAUCAAAAAAGUAUUGUACUUUUGUUAAGUUAGAAUAAAUGACUUUGGAGCGGAAAAACCUUUGGGGUUUCAUAAAGGCUUAUCACAAGGACGUCUGCUAUGAACUAGAGCAAGACUUAUGGACCAAUAUGGUAUUUAGAACUCACAAGGGUCUCACUCCAUGCACCUCUCACCAAGAACUCCUUCAAAAAAUUAUGUAUAGGUGAUAUUUGGUGCCAGCACGGUUACAUUACAUAACUCCAGGAAACUCAGCAUGCUGCAGUUGCAAAUUUGGAACGGGUACAAUGCUUCACAUCUUGGUGGGCUUGCCUAAAAAUCCAAAGGCACUACACCUGAUACAUGCAGCCACUCAAUAUCAGAUACCUUUAAAAAGUGGAAACGUUUCUCUCCAGCAUACCCUCCUCCCCCAGACAUGCCAAGACCCCAAACAAAACUGGCAUUCCACUAGCAGCUAGCACACUCCCAGUCCGAAACUGGUGUACGAAUUGUGUCCCCCAAGAGCAGGAACUGAUUUAGCAGAUAUCCGUUAAUCAUAUGAAUGAAUGUUCAAAGCAGGGUGCAGGACCACCAAUAAAGCUUGCGAGAUGUUGACCACAUUCAUUGAUUCGAACUCCAGACAAUGUACCAAAUCCAAAUGCACAACCAUAAUUAGUGCCCCUCAAGAUAACCCACGGCAAAUAACAAAUAUAGCACUUCAUUAUUCAUAAUUAAUACCUCCAACCAUUGGUUUACCUGCUAACAAAUGUAAGUUCAUACUUAUUUUAAAAGUUUUUUUCUGUUUUAAAUUUGUAUUGUAUCUAUGCCUAAUUGUCAGAUGGGGAAAAAGAUGUUGCCUUGAUAAGGUUAACUACCGUUCUAAUAUAUAUAUCCAAUGAAAACACCCACUUUUACAUGCUCACAGCCUUGUGGUCUGUGUGGUUGCUGGGAUCACUGUACAGCUUACAUUUGCACCUGGUAUUGAUGCCGGAGCUGCAGGGAAAUUGCAUCCCAGCUACUAGCACGCGGAAGAGCUUUACAGGAAGAGCACAGAGACUUAGAAUUUUUCGGCAGAUAAGAACCAUUCGGCCCAUCUAGUCUGCCCAAUUUUCUAAAUACUUUCAUUCGUAGGCUGGUGAGAGAACUCAGUGGGCUAAUGCAUCGUCAGUAGAAUCUGUUCAACCCUUAGGACCCUUAUGUAUUUACUAUGCUACAAUAUCUACAUAACAUUUAAAACACAAAUAAAAAUGUUUAGCCUGAAGAGGGUGUACAUUGUCAACAAAUGAAACAUUAGGCAGCUCAGUGGGUUAAUAAAUCAUCAGUAGAAUCUGUUCAACCUGCAGGUUCAAAUCCCGGCAGGGUUGACUCAGCCCUUGAUCCGUCUGAGGUAGAUAUGAGUACCAUUAACCCCUUAAGGACCAAACUUCUGGAAUAAAAGGGAAUCAUGACAUGUCACACAUGUCAUGUGUCCUUAAGGGGUUAAAUUGUGUAAUAGUAACAACCCCUGGAUGUUGGGCUAAAGUAACAACAUCCCCAGGACAUACUUGAAAACCAGAGUAAUCUGAAUGUACCUUUCCUGCCUUAUGCUUAUCCCACGCCUGCUUAAACUCCUUCACAAGUAAGUAUACCACUCCCUCCAGCUCUGGACUAGACAGUAGUAUAUUUGGGCAGAGUAGGUACUAGGCACAUGUUGUGCAGGUGCCUACUCUGUCUUAUUAAAAGCAACAAGGCACAGAGCAGUUUUGUGAAACGCUCUCCUGGGGCAUCCGAAGACCGCAAAAUGUUACUUUUGGCAAAGUAGGCAGCUGGCACCCACAUGACCGGUGCCUACUCUUCCCCCUAAAACUCUGUCACUCUUUGGGGGAAGCAUGCACACAUAAGUACCACAUAUCGUUCUAUAAAAUCUAAAGAAUAUUGUAUAGGACCACAUAUCUUGAAUGGAGAUCCUUCUUUAAGAGGUCUUAUGACCCUGUAGGUGACAUGCACUUUGCUUUCACCAGUGCAUCUUCUUGAAAUUAGCAUGGCAUUAAAUGACAUGCAUUCACAUGCAAUUUUAUAAUGACUGGUACAUUCAUGAAGAAAUCCAGCAGAUGUUUGGAGUUUUGCACUCGGUAUAUGAUGAAUCUAAUAAAACCUCUCUAAUUGCAUACUUUUGUAUUAAUUGUCACAUUGUCCUCUCCAUCCGUAGGGGCAUCUAAUUCCUGGAGCCUACAAGUUUGAUGCUUUAAUCACUACCUUUGAGAUGGUGCUGUCUGAUUGUCCCGAGCUCCGUGAAAUCGAAUGGCGCUGUGUCAUCAUUGAUGAAGCACAUCGACUGAAGAACAGAAACUGCAAAUUGUUGGACAGUCUGAAGCACAUGGAUCUGGUAAGAGUAUUUUAAGAUAUUUAUUCUGCCUUUUAAAACGAUGACAGGUUGGGGGUGAGGAGGGUGGGGGAGGUUGUAUUAUGUGUUUUUAUAUUUUAGGCUAAAUUGUCAUUGAUAAUGUUCAGGUGUAAAUUUAAUGUUCUGGGUGCUAGGGAUUGCCCCAUUAUAAAAAAAAAAAAAAAUUUAAACUGAUUCUCAAAUUUGGUUAAAAACCUAGUUACAGUGCCCAGAGUCAUUUGACAAAAUAAUCUAUACAUUGAACUGUCUUCAUUGAAUAAUCUCUACAUUGAACUGUUAAAAAAUAAACAAAUCGCAACCUACAUUACAUCGUUUUGUGUCUUUAGGCAUUCUAAAGUCAAGAAAUUUGGAUAACUAUGGGUGAUAAAUUAUUUUGCAGUACAUUGCUUAAUCCUGAAUAAGAUUAUAUAUAUUUUUUUUUUACCAUUUUAUUUCAGGAGCAUAAGGUGCUUUUGACUGGGACACCUUUACAGAACACAGUGGAAGAGUUAUUCAGUCUUCUCCAUUUCCUGGAACCCACUCAGUUUGCCUCUGAAUCAGAGUUCCUUAAAGAUUUCGGAGAUCUUAAGACAGAAGAACAGGUACGUUUUACGGCUUCUUUUUUUUGGGAGGACACACCUCCCUCCCAAUUAUUAACAGUGCGUAUUCUGAUAUUUUUUUUUUUUCUCAACAGGUUCAAAAAUUGCAAGCUAUACUGAAGCCGAUGAUGCUGAGGCGACUGAAGGAGGAUGUGGAGAAGAACCUUGCACCAAAGCAAGAGACUAUCAUUGAGGUGGAGUUGACCAAUAUUCAGAAGAAAUAUUACCGAGCCAUCCUAGAGAAAAACUUCUCUUUUUUGACUAAAGGAGCCAGUCAAUCAAAUACCCCUAACCUGCUCAACACAAUGAUGGAAUUAAGAAAGUGCUGCAACCAUCCCUACCUCAUCACUGGUAUGAGCUAUUGAUAUCCCCCACAAUUAUUUAUCUGAAUUUGUUUCUUAUACAACGCUCAUGCAUACUGGUGUAAUGAAUUAAUUUGUGCACAUCACAGGUCUUUUAAUUUGUAUGCCCUUCUAUCCCCAUAUUUUCCCUCUUUCCUUUUCAGUCUCUGUGUUCAUGCUUUUUCUGCUCACUCUAUGCCUCUUAUUCUCUCCAGCCUGUCUUUCUGUAUUUUUAUAGGGUUAUUCAUUAAAGUGAGAAUUGCUGGGAAUUCAAAGUAAAUUUCUCAUUUGAGGCCAAAAUAACCUAGACACAUCCUCUAGAUUUGGCUACUUUGACCUCACAUUUGAAAUUAACUUUUGAAUUAAUUUAGAAUUUCCAACAAUUAUCACCUUAGUGAAUAACCAUUUCUCUAUUCAUCAAGUGUCUACUUCUAGUUUAAGAGAGACAGGCAAAGACCUUUACAAAUCUGUUGGAAACUGGGAAGACGUUUAAGAAACACAGACAGCCUAGGGAGAAAUUUAGGGAACGAGGAUGAAACCGUGAGACUAGGAAGACAUUUAGGGAAAGGAUACAGGCCAGAGAGGCCUCAGUAUAUUUCACAUUUUUGCUGGAAAUUUCACUUUGCAUUAUAUUUAGUUUUUCUAAUAUCCUAAUUACUGUUAAGCCUAUAUACUAUCAAAACACAGUCUUUGACGCUAUGUUUAUUUAUGCUAUGCCUUUUUUUGUAUCCACAUAAUGAUUCAUUUUGCUUCACUCUCCCUUGUAAACCCAUCUUUAGUUUAGCUCUAAUAAUGGUAACGAUCACCUUCCCAGCUGUUUUGUGGUGUGUUCUGUAGAGUCCCUUUGCUUUAAAUGUGUUUUUUUUUUUUUUUUUAAAUACUCAUUUGUCAGUUUUCUCUUUUGUCUUAAAUGUUUGUCAGUAUUUGUGUGUAAUAUUAUCUGAUGGUACUAUGGAUUGUGUUUCUCCCUCCCCCCCUCCCCCGCCCCCCUCUCCCCCGGUUUAUUUUAUAUAUUUUCCUCUGUUCAUAUGCUUUGUCAGCUGUUGGAAAUAUUUUUAUAUUCACAAUAUAAUGGCAACAAUGCCUUAUUAAAAAGGGAUUGUAACCCUUGGUUAGUUGUUUAUUCUCAUACAGAAAAAAAUUACUUUCUUCUCAAUGCCGCAGCAAACAGACAUGGAUCCUUGGCAGAGUACCAGCCACAGACUGACACCACAGUGUAACCUUAUAUAUAGCUUUAUAUUUUUACCAGUUUGUUUUUUUCAAUUUUGAUUGCCAAUUGGUAUAAGGACAACAACAAUGGGAAAGAUGAGGAAUGAGGAUAGAGCAGUUACUUGUGUUUGUGUUUUUUGUUUUUUUUGUGUAAGUAUGCUUUUUCCAUUCCUAAGUCAGGAAUAUAAUUCACUAUCUCUAUUAAAGUUGUUGUUGUCAGAGUUGUUUGGGCUUGAGGCUGCUGAAAUUUUCAAACCUGUAUUAAUCCUCGCCUUUAUUCUACUGUAUAAAUGAAACUCAAAGUAUAAGCCUAUACCCCUCUGUUGCAUUUCCUGUGCCAUUAAAAAAAAUAAAAAAUUCAAAGAAAGCAUAACGUAAAUAGAUUGGGGUAGAAUAGAUGGAAGGGAUGAAAAAGAGGAGGCGGGGUUUCUUUUGGGAAACAAGCAAGUAAUGUUUGUAAGUAACCUUCCUUGUGUUUUACUUUAAAUACUUCACAUGGAUAUGCAUUUAUUUGUGUUUGUUUUUGUUUUCUUUGCCGUUUCUCUCUGCCUAGGAGCUGAAGAAAAGAUCCUUUCUGAGUUUCGGGAAGCAACCCCAGUGAUUCCUUAUGACUUUCACCUGCAGGCUAUGGUGCGCUCCUCUGGAAAAUUAGUGCUCAUUGACAAGCUGCUGCCCAAGCUAAGGUCUGGAGGCCACAAAGUUCUAAUCUUCUCUCAAAUGGUGCGCUGUCUUGAUAUAUUGGAGGACUAUCUGAUACAGAGAAGGUAAGCAUUAAACAGCCCAGUCAAUCUAUCCUGUAAACACAAAGCUUGGUUGUGACAGCCCAAUCACUAGAACUGUGUGUGUGACCAUAUAUCUUCACUUCUCCUUAGAUAUCUGUAUGAGAGGAUAGAUGGUCGGGUCCGUGGCAACAUGCGUCAGGCAGCCAUUGAUCGCUUUAGUCGUCCAGAUUCAGACCGUUUUGUGUUCCUGCUGUGUACACGUGCAGGUGGCCUUGGGAUCAAUCUUACAGCUGCAGAUACCUGCAUUAUCUUUGACUCUGACUGGAACCCUCAAAAUGACCUUCAGGUAUUCCAUCGUUAUCAUUGGUGCUGGCAUCUGUGGCUUCUAUUUAGUAUGAAUUUGCCUAGCUAACUGAAUUACAAUUCUUUCUCUAUUGUUCUUUUCAACUAAUCAGAACAUUUUUCCUGCAAACAGGCACAAGCAAGAUGUCAUCGUAUUGGCCAGAGCAAAGCAGUUAAAAUUUAUCGUCUCAUAACCCGAAAUUCAUAUGAGAGGGAAAUGUUUGACAAGGCCAGUCUGAAGCUUGGCUUGGACAAAGCUGUGUUGCAGUCAAUGAGCGGCCGAGACAAUCACAUGAGUGGGGUGAGGAACCAAGGGAAAUUGUGUGUAGUAAGGAAGUGUACUGUAGUACAUGUCUACCAGAAGACUUUUUCAGAAAUACAUUUGCAACAAAUUUUAUUUUCAGUUUUAUCACUUAUAACAUAUUGUGACCUUGGAUUGGAAUAAAGUGGCAUGGAUGUAGAUUAUUAUUAUAUUAAUGUGUGUGCUGAAAUCAAGAAUAAAAUGAGGGAAAUAUGCAACAGACUGCUCAUUUACAGUAAUAAUUAAACAGAAUUAAAAGAUGUCUGCCUGUAAACUCUCUCCAACCAGAAUUGGAGAGGUGUACAGUUUACUGGACUUGUUGCUUGCCAUGAACUAAACUUUGGCACAGCUGAUUGAAGAUAUCCAAUCACGUUUUAUACAAUUGCUUUUUUAGCCCAUCCAACAAUUUACAAAGAAAGAAAUUGAAGACUUGCUAAGGAAAGGAGCCUAUGCAGCUAUCAUGGAUGAAGAUGAUGAGGGUUCCAAGUUUUGUGAGGAAGAUAUUGACCAGAUUCUGCAGAGAAGAGCCACAACAAUUACUAUUGAAUCAGAGGGAAAAGGCUCCACUUUCUCAAAGGUAUGGGGUUUUUUUUGUUUUUUUUUUACGUAGUGCUGUAUUUGACCAUUUACGCGGAAAACAAAAAACAAGAUCUAAAAAAUAUUUUGUUCAAAAUAAUGAAAAAAUACAACCAUGCUUAUUCAUUAGAGGGACAGUAUAGUCGCCAAAACAAGUUUAGCUUAAUUAAGCAGUCUUUGUGCAUAGAUCAUGCCUCUGAAGUCUCAUUGCUCAAUUCUCUGCCAUUUUAGAAGUUAAAUUACUUGUUACUCUUUAUGCAGCGCUAGCCGCACCUCCCCAGACUGUGACUGACACAUCCUGUAUGAAAAAAACAACCGUUUUUAAUCAGAUGUAACUUACUUUAAAAGUUUUUAUCUUCUGCUCUGUAAAUUUAACUUUAAUUACGUAUAGGAGGCUCCUAUAGAGUGUAGCAAGCUAAUAACAGAGCAGGAGAUAAUAAAUUCUAAAUUAAACGGCAUUUGCAACAAAAAGUGUAAACAUUAGAUGUCACUUUACAGGAAGUGAUCAGGAAGGCCGCGCAUGUUACAUGCCGGGAGGUGUGACUAGCGCUGCAUAAGCAAAUGGAUUUUACUCAUAAAUGGCAGUGAAUUGUAGAUUAUGCUAACGUAGUGUACCAAUAAUCUUAAUUUUAUCACAUGACAGGAGGCGUCAUAUUUUGCAUAACUUUCUUUACUUUAUGCCUCCAGCAGCACAAGUCAAUCAGAAAAAACUUUAAAUCAAUUAGUAACAGGCAUCACAUCCAUAUAUAAAGCCCUGACAGACACAUGACUUCCUCUUUCUUUGAUGCGAAAAACGGUCUAUUAUAACGUCGGGGAAUUCAAAUAACAGUCCUGAGUAACGUGUAGCACAUAACUUGAAAUGAAACUUGAAACCUUCCAGCUUUAUCUUGUCGAAUCCAUCUAUGAUGAUAACACUGAAAAGAACAGAAAUAAGUGAAAGGUGAUGGAAACACACUGUUUUCCACAUUAAAUCCAGUACUAUACGUGUCUAUAUUUAUAUUAAGUUAAUAUACUGAAACAUUAAACAACCAUAAUAUAGUUAAUCAACACGGAUCUAACAUAUGUCAACCAGAUAAGCAUCCCAUAAAUAUACUGAAAUACCACAACCAUAUAAUUACACUGAGAAAAUGACAAUCCAGAAUAUUAAAAUUUUCCAAGGUACAGGGAGGGAAAAUAUUCGCCUCCUGUCAUUAUUAAAAUUAAGAUUAUAGGUACACUACGUUAGCAUAAUCUACAAUUUUUAUCACAUGAUAGGAGGCUUCAUAUUUUGCAUUUUUAAAGCUGUGGUAUUAGCGAGAAGGAUGCGUGUGUGGUUUGACGAAAAUAAAUAUACGGAAGUAGUCUAUCCGUGUCCAAUGCGUCGCUGUAAAAUAUAGAGGCCCCCCUCCACCCCGCUAGCGAUAACAACCAAUGAACACAUCUAGACAGUGUUCGUGGUAACUGGCUUGUAUGGUUGGUAUAAGACCAGCAGAUGCCCUGAAUGUGACAAUCUAAGUGUUGUCGUGAUCUCCAUGUAACGAAGUACCACUUUAACUGCACAAAGACUGGGAAACCGCCGGGAACAGGGUAAGAUACGGACGCGGAUAAGAUUUAGUUCUACGAGACACCGUAGAAAUCAUUUGUUCUGUUGAUACCAAAAAGACCUAAAAGUAACGUGACUAUGGCUGACGGAGGGAUAGGUUAUCCAAAAGAACCAAAUCAAAGUCCCACAACAGUGAUACUUUGACGCAUGGUUCUGGACAGUUUGAUACCCCGCAGAAAGCGGCAUAUCAAAGGCUCCUGAUCGACCGGAGUGUCGUGAAUCGUACUAUGCGUUCUCGAAAUCGCGGAACGUAUCCCGUUAAUGGAACGGUCCGAACAUUCGAUCGGGCCGUAGCGAGAAGGUAUGAUAAAGAUUCAGCAUCGAGGAGAUAGGGGUAGUAAAGGGAUCGCAGUCCCUUCUCAUACACCAGCGACUCCAGGUGUUCCAUGCGGAUAAGUUAUUUCGGGGAAUACCUGGUGUCCAUGAGUCCCAUAAUAGGUCUCUAGUUGGUUGCGAUAGUCCCUUGACGUACCAGUCUUCCCUGAAAGACACCAAUCCACCAACUCCAGACUCUCCUGCAUUAUCAAUGGAUGAUGUUCUCCUUUUGGAUCUGCCCUAAGGCAAGUUAAAACUGAAGGAGCAGAGGAUGAUCCCGAUUAAGGACAACCAUUCUGGGUGCCAUGCUUGACUCCUUUACCGCGGUAAUUAGUACUAUCGAAGUCUUCGCUAUUCUGAUCCCAAUUUCAUAGGUGUAUUCGGAUCUCGGGUAGUGAGCUUUCAGCGGUCCUGGGAAAUAGUCAAAGGGUUAUGGUGCCUUUCCGCCGUACCCGUCAAAUUUCCUUACGAAUCGUCGCUAUCAAUGAUGUGGAAAGGUGUAAUCUGGAAUCUAUUCCGAAGUAGAGGAACUGAAUCACUCGGGACUGGGAUCGAACCGACUACUCUCUGUUCACUAUGAAUCCCAACAAUUCCCAAAACUGUAAACCUAUAUCUCGUCUGUAAACGUAGUCAGGAAUUGGAUUUGCAAAGUCAGUGUGGCGAAAGCCGCCUCGCCACUGGACAUUGGAGAGGCCUGGCUGCCCGCCACCUACCUGCUGACUAUGGCCCCUGGUAAAUUUGUACUUUUGAAUGCAAUAUUUGGGCAUGUGGUAUUUUAUAUUGCUGCUACUGGCCCUUUAAGGGCCAUCCGUGGACAUAUUAUGAAUUUUUGGGAACAAUAUCCCUUUAAGACUUUUGUAGCAGAUUACAGUAAGAAUGUCUUUUAUAUGAUGUAUGUUUCUGUGUGUUCGGCUAAAUUGUAUAUGUGUAUGCAGCAUUCCCCUGAUUGUUCGGUAGAAUCACUCCAUUCAUUAUAUUGAGUGAGACUACCAAACAACCAGACCACCCAGGAAUAAGUGUGCCUACAAUUACCGUUUGCAACAAUGUUGCAACCGGGUAAUUGGCAAUCUAUGUAAUGUGUUCUUUGUCCACUGGGUGGCCGCCAUUUGGGAAACAAACACGUGGCGGCGGUCAUCUUAAACUCCCGAACAGCGGUGUUUUGCAGUCGAGUGUCUGGAACUAAAAUCGGACACUCGACUAGGCAAACACCGCUGAGACCUCCAGACUUCCAGCAAUUCGUGCAGAAACUACCGAACGGCCCACCGUUCGGUAGAGAGGAUCCCACGAACAAGGGGAUUCAUACGAAUCCUCCCGAAGCUCCAUAACCCAGUUAAUUGGUGUAAUUCAUUCCCUUUUCUGUGACCGAUUGAAGGGCCAGAAUAUAUGGAACUAUUUUCGGUUACUUUUGCCAUGUAGUCGGUCAAAACUUUAACCCUCCAUAAUUCCCGAACCCCUGCUCCGAUCUGGGUGAUUUUUGGAUAUGUGUCUCACCCAUAUCAGGGCUACCAGGGGAUGUAACAUUUAAAGGGGUAACCCUAUGUUUAGGGGUACAUCCAGUAACCCAGGGAAUUUGUGUCUGGACUAAUGGGAUUAUGUGUCACACUAAGGAGAGGAGAUGUGUGGGAGGUAAGUGGUACAUUAUUGGCUGGGGUACUAAUUGUUGUGGAUCCCUCCCUUGCAUGGGAGAAUGUCUGUCUUAAAAGGAGGUUGUGUGAAUAAAUCUAGAGAUUCUGCUUAACCCUCAAAACGAAGUGUCGUCUCGUUAUUGGGGGAAUGGGAUUGUAUGCUGACUGCCAGGAGUGUAACCCUUUCGUAUGGUUUUCCUGUUCGGAUAUCUCCAGUGUUCAUGUGUUUCCAGUUCGGGAGAUCGGUGCUUACAGUAGCUGUUGGUGUAUCUGGAAAGGGGAAUAUCGCCUAAACGGUUUUUAACCUCUGGUGAGCAAAUGGUCCGUUACAGUCAGUAAGUCGUCUAGGUAUGCGACAGCGGAUACCCUUUGCUCUUCAGUGCGCCGUAACCGGCUUCAGAAACUUCAUGAGGCACCAUAUGAACCAGUAGGUAAGUGCCCUUCAAAUCCAACCUUUCGAACCCCUUUCGAGGAGUAGACCCCUAAUAGAUGGAUACCUUCCUUCUUGAGGUGUCGGUACGCCCCAAAACCAUUGGGUUGGAGUAGGUUGAUGACUGGGCGGUAGUCUCCUGUCUUCUUCCUUACUACCAAACCGUUGCUGAGAUAAAUGGUUCUCCAAACAAUAGUCCGUCCGCCUGAGGUCCUCGCUCUUUCAUCCCUAACUUCAAUAGUUUGAAAUCCACCUGUCUGCCUUGCGUUCCCCAACCUACAUACUGCCCUUUGCACCCAUUCCCUCACAUCGUGAGCUUCUAUAGGUGAGUCUUGGGUGGGGGUCAGGUCCGCAAAGCAUAGAAUUUUUUUCCCGGGGUUGAUCAUGUCCAGUAUUUCAUCCUAACUCGUUUUGAGUCCUUCUCCUACACCUUUACAUGGACCCCGGCCUGAUCGGGACAUAAAUAUCACCACAGUGAUACCAAGCACCAUGGUGAGGACUAUCUUGUUUGGCAAUAGAGGGCGUGGGCAUUCCACCCUGAGCUUGUCUCUGAUUUCUUUUCCCAUAGGCCUCCUGAGCCAGAAGUGGGCAAAGUGUGCCCGGUGCUCCGGUAAACCCCAUUCGGAUUACCCUAGGUGUCAGGUGGUGCGUGAGUCAAAACAAGAGUGUCCAGUGUGCCAAAGAAAAGCCUUUCUUGCUAGGCGGGUCUUGUCACUUUACCUCUUCAGAUGGAGACUCUUCUGCUCUCCAUUCUUUCAUGAUCUCCAGAGAAGGGGGAGGGAUGAAGUCCUCGUCCCCUGAUGAUGGAGCCUGAGAUGAUUAAUGGACAGGACGUUCUGAGAGAUAGCUCCGCUAAAACGGGGAGUUCCCUUUCCCCUUUGGAGAAGCCGUGUUGGAGCCCUUCCAAUGGUGUUUAGAUAAGGUGUCCGACCUAAUGUCCGUAUCUCCAGCUUCCAUUGGUGGUGGUGCCGUUGCACCCGCCCUGUCGGAUGGGUUGUAAGCCAGCAUAUUGGCGAGGACUUCUUCCCCCAAAGCUGCCAUGGCGGCCUUAAUCCUCGCCUGAAAAUCGGUCGGGGAUAUUGAGGGAAGUCCGACAUGUUGGUUCACACCCUUCGGUCUAUGAGAGACAGGAUCGUACAACAGUACACUUAUUGCCACUCAGUGGGCCUCCGCAUAUAACUGUGGUCACCCAGAAUUUCGAUCAAUCAGUACCACUUUCACAGGAUCCGGGGAGUGGUCUGAGAAUGAGGACACCCUCAGUAAGACCAGGAUGAGCAGUCUGCAAUGUGGGGACGUAGCCCGAGUAUGGGAGACGUGAAAGCCUCAAUAUGUAUAAUCCGAAGGGGGUCAUCCUUAUAUGGCCUAGAAUUGUGGAGUUUUGGCAGCACUGUGUUUUCCUUCUCGGUUAAAGGAAGGGCGUACAGAUCCCCCAGUUGAAGCAUAGAGGUGCCGGAAUACAUGCAUCUAGUGCGCCCUGGUCUGUGCAUACCAUGACAGAGCGUACUCUGAAGGUAGAAGCCCUAAAAAGGGCGCAGGGGUCACCCCGUCCGGCAGGGGGGGCCACCCCUUUGUACGUAUGCCACUAGUACUGGAGUAAGACUCGCUUGGGGUUCACCCAGCGUAGGGGGGUCACCCCUGUAUGGAUGUCUAUUAUGGCAUGUUGGGACACUCUUUCGGUCUGGGGUACCGAACAGGUGUCAGGUACGGUAGUACACUUAUUGCCACUUAGUGGGCCUCUACGUACGACUGGGGGUCACCCAGAAUUGUUUCAGUCAGUACCACUUAGAGAUUUCCUGGGAGUGGUCUGAGGAGGGGGUCACCCUCAACAAGACCGGGAUGAGCGGUCAGUAAUGUCGGGACGUAGCCCGUGUAUGGGGAGGUAUGGUAGCCUCCAAAUUAUCCAAGGGGUCACCCUUAUGGGAUAUAGUACUGUGGAGAAUUGGCAGCACUGUGAGCUCUCCUUCCUGGCUCUGUCGAUAUACACGUAUCCAGUAUGUCCCGGUCUGUGCAUACAGUAACAGAUUGUACUCCGUGGAUAUGAGCCCGUCCUAGCGUGUGGGGGUUCCCCCCAGUAUAUGUAUGUCACUAGGACAGGAAUCAGAUUCGCUUGGGGGUCACCCAGUGUAAGGGGGGUCACCCUUGUACCACAAUGUCACUUUGGAGAGGUGUCUGCCACGCUUGGGGGUCACCCAGUGUAAGGGGGGUCACCCCUGUUAAUCACUCCGUUAUUUGCCUCCACUACUGUGUCCUGGGAGCUGUAUCCCUGUGGGGAAGGAGUGUAUCCAGUGGUUGUGAGGUCCAGUGUGAGUAGGGAGAUGAGUAAGUUAUCAGCUCUAUUUAAUUUCUCUGCCAGCAGAUAGAGUAAUGCAUCCACUAUAUGCCCACAGCAGGGAACAGUCCAUUCAUAAUCCUCCAGACGUACAAUAAAACUGUUAUUCAACAUGAGAAUUGUAUAGAACAGAAUAGAGCAAACUGCCAGCAGACAUGAGUACUGCAUCCUCUAUAUGCACACAGCAGGGAUCAGUCCUAUAUAUUAAUGCAGAAUUACAUAUAAAACUUCUAUUUCACAUGCCAAUGAAAUAUGACAGUAUAGAGCUCAGCAGUGAACAGUCCAUUCAUAAUCUUCCAGAAAAGGUACAUAUAAAACCUUUAUUCCACAUGCCCAUGAUAUGUAUUAGUAUUGAGCUCAAAAGUAUUUGUAAAACUUUUAUUUCACAGGAAAAAUAUUUUAAACAGUACAGAUCUAGCUGCCAGUUCAUGGGAAUCACGAACUGGCUAAACGACAUGACCGACUUGAAUCUUGCGAGUGCCGCGAAAUUCAAGAUGGCCGCCGUUCGCACGCAAAAGCGCCGUGCGGCCUGCGAUCAAGGAUACGAUCGCGGCCCGCCGGUAUGGAACAGUCCCCUCGACACCUCCAACCCCCAGAGACCUGAAGUCCCAGCACCAGUGAAUAAAAACCGCGCUCGCGAUAAAACGCUGCGAUCCGUGCGAGACCAGAGUAAUGCAUAGGAAAGAAAAGGUGCCAGCAACAGAAAACCAAACAGGCUAAUAAAGCAGAAAAUACAGAGUUAAUUCGGGGGAAGGGUAACAGGGGGAGAAUAUCACACUAUACAAGUCCAAAUGGAAGGCAAGUGCAAAAUAAUGAAAAACGUUUAGGUCAAGAUGCAGGACAAGCUAAUAAAGUUUAACUAAAGUGGCCAUGCAUAUCCAGAAACAGUUUGGAGCAAAACUGAAUGUCUAGCAUUAAAAAUCUAAUUAAAGUGACCAUAGCAAUAUUAAUAAAAACAGUUGGAACAAACUGAAAGUCAAUUAAUAAAGCUUAAUUAAAGUGACCAUUGCAAUAUCCAGAAAACCAGUUUGGAUUAAAACUGAAUGUCUAGGAUAAGGUGUCUAACUAAAGGGACCAUAGCAAUAUUAAUAAAAUAACAGUUUAGAGCAAACUGAAUGUUAAAGGACCACUCUAGGCACCCAGACCACUUCAGCUUAAUGAAGUGGUCUGGGUGCCAGGUCCAGCUAGGGUUAACCCAUUUUUUAAUAAACAUAGCAGUUUCAGAGAAACUGCUAUGUUUAUUAAUGGGUUAAGCCUUCCCCCUAUUCCCUCUAGUGGCUGUCUCAUUGACAGCCACUAGAGGCGCUUGCGUGCUUCUCACUGUGAUUUUCACAGUGAGAGCACGCCAGCGUCCAUAAGAAAGCAUUGUAAAUGCUUUCCUAUGAGACCGGCUGAAUGCGCGCGCAGCUCUUGCCACGCGUGCGCAUUCAGCCGGCGGGGCGUAACGGAGGAGGAGAGGAGGCAGAGAGCUCUCCGCCCAACGCUGGAAAAAGGUAAGUUUUAACCCUUUUCCCCUUUCCAGAGCCGGGCGGGAGGGGCACCCUCAGGGCACUAUAGUGCCAGGAAAACGAGUAUGUUUUCCUGGCACUAUAGUGGUCCUUUAAGCAAUACAUGUUUAACUAAUGACAAUUUGCAAUAUCAGUAAAACAGUUUGGAGCAAAAUAUCUGACCUGUGCCUUGGCUGGUAAGCAGCAAAGAAAGAGGAAGUCAUGUGUCUGUCAGGGCUUUAUAUAUGGAUGUGAUGCCUGUUACUGAUUGAUUUAAAGUUUUUUCUGAUUGACUUGUGCUGCUGGAGACAUAAAGUAAAGAAAGUUAUGCAAAAUAUGAAGCCUCCUGUCAUGUGAUAAAAUUAAAGAGACUGCAUAGGCAUGAUCUAUACACCAAAACUGCUUCAUUAAGCUAAAGUUGUUUUGGUUACUAUAGUGUCCCUUUAAGAUCCUCCAACCACCAAGAGUGAGAAAUUACAGUAUACAGUAAUCGGUAUAUAUGGAAAUAAUUAAAUGGUUACUUCAACCAAAAUAUUUUUUUCAUAAAAUACUAUUUUUGAUUAAAGUAACCUUUGCUGUGUUUUUCCAGCCACUCUCCCAAUUAAAAAAAACAAAAAAAAGCGGAUAGCACCUCAGUGGCCAAGUUUUCCCCCUUAGCCUGACCCUCCUCCACUGCCAUCACUCCCCCUCCUUGGUGGAGGAGAGAUAUCCGGAAGAGCAGGCAAAGGGGAGAGGGCCGUGUUGCAAUUGGACGCAUGUCGUCAGCAUGCAGUGCUUGGUGAUGUCAGACGUUCUUUAUGCACUGGAUUAACAAUAGCCACCCAAAACUUUUUUGUUCUGGGUUGGUUAGUGAAGCCCCAAUGUUGCUGCCAGAAGUGGACUUAUAACGUUGGCAAUAGAAGGUUUAAGCUUUGUGUGUGACACAUUUAAGAAGGAUGAUACUUAGACUUUGAUAGCACUGACCCCACUUAGUGCAACCAUAAGAUAUGUAAACUAGCUUGCAGCAGCUCAAUUAUUUGUUUCUGUAUACAUUUAUUUGAGCUCUUUCUUGGAGCAUGAAAUAUUAACAUUUUAUAGAGUAACUUUGAUUUUGCCUAUUGUAUAUCAUGUGAUGAAAAAGCUGCUUACCUAACUCUGCUCCUCUAUUUACUACAGGCUAGUUUUGUGGCUUCUGAAAACCGAACAGAUAUAUCACUGGAUGAUCCCAACUUCUGGCAGAAAUGGGCCAAGAAAGCAGAUUUAGAUCUGGAUCUUCUCAACAGCAAGGUGAGUGCACCUUUGUCUGAUGGAAUUCUUUAAAAGAAUAGAGGGUUUAACUGGUAUUCCUGUAUAAAUACAAGGCAAACUUUAAAAUGCUGAUAUUUUUGUACUUCAAUAACUGUUAGUGAAAGUUAUUUUGGUAGAUGCACUACAAAACUUUUGGUUAUACUCUCAGAUACUACUCUUUUUGAAGUAUUACUUGUCCUUUGAAAAAAGCUAUUUAUUUAUUGCUUGUUUAUCUUAAGAACACCCUUGUAAUAGACACACCCCGCAUCAGAAAGCAGACUCGACACUUCAGUAAUAAGGAUGAUGACAUGGUGGAGUUUUCAGACUUGGAAAGUGAUGAUGAUGAUCGGCCACGAGCUCGAAGACAAGAGAGAAAGCAUGGCUAUGGGCGCACUGACUGUUUUCGCGUGGAGAAGCACUUGUUGGUAUAUGGGUGAGUUCCAAACUCCUUCUUCUUUUUUUUUUUUUUUCUUUUUUUAGCACUGUGUAUUUUGAUGAAACUGGUUUGUAAAAAUAGCUGCUACACCAAUAUUGUAUAGUAUUCUUAGAAUUCUAUUCUGAUUCCUGCUUUAUUGGUUAGAAUAAAUUCGAUAAGCUUUAAUACUGGUAUCUUUUCUUUAACUAGCUGGGGCCGCUGGCGGGAUAUACUCACUCAUGGUCGCUUCAAACGUGGGAUGACUGAGAGGGAUGUAGAGAGGAUAUGCAGAGCAAUUCUUGUGUAUUGUCUUCUUCAUUAUCGGGGGGAUGAGAACAUCAAAAGCUUUAUAUGGGACUUGAUUACCCCAGCAGAGAAUGGAAAAACCAAGCAGCUACAGAACCAUUCUGGUAAUCCUCACACAUUGUGGAGUAGGCUGGAAGCUGCACAUACACAUUGCUUUUACUUAUACUAAUUAAGUACCGUUUCCUCUCCAAAUACAGGCCUCUCUAUCCCAGUCCCCAGGGGCCGCAAAGGAAAAAAAAUUAAAUCCCAGAGCAGCUUUGACAUACAUAAAGCAGACUGGAUUCGCAAGUACAACCCAGACACCUUGUUUCAGGAUGAAGGCUACAAGAAGCAUCUAAAACACCAGUGCAACAAGUAAGCAUAUUAGAACCAUAGGAUUAUUUAAAGUCACACUCCAGACUAGAAGCAACCCCCCAUUUUUGUACCUCAAUGCGUUGUAUAAUAUGUACAAUAAUUUUAAAACUCCUGUAUUUGCACACAGAGCUUCACCCAGGCCCGGAACAAGUUCCACCAAUCUAGAGGCACUCAUUCUAGUCUAAGAGAUCUAGUCAUGUCCCACAAAUCUUUGUUUAUUUGGUGCUUAUUGGAUACGUAGUUGUACUCAAGUAAUGAACUCUGAAUUAGCAGGUGGCAGCAAUGCCAUGACUUCUGUCUGCCUGUUUACAGACUUUAUUUAUUUUUAUCUUAUUUUCUUUUUUCCCUUACAUUUUAUUGAAAAUUAGGCAGAAUAUGCGGUACAAUAAAGAUGUUGGGGUUACAUAUUCAAACACCCUUGAUGACCGUUUCCACUUAAAUAACAAUAAAGGGUCAUAAAUUGUUUAUAUCUAAAAGGAGGUGGCCACAUUAGGGAGAUGCUAUAAACCAAGCAAGUAGUAAUAAUGUGCCAAUUCAGGAAGGGCCACAAAAUCACGUCAGGCCAGUUUAGUCCUGUAAUAUUUUAUUUGUAUUCUAUUUUAUAUUAUUGGGUCGUAAAAGGUAUUUGCUAAAGUUGCUGACUGCAAAUGUGCUCGCUCUCUUCUCCAUUUUUUUUUUCUGAGAGAUUGAGAAGGAGGUGAUGACUUGGCUUUACCACAAUUUGCACAAUGUAAAACAAAAAUAUUGGUAGAAUAUAUUUUUCUAAAGUUAGUAUUGUGCAGCGGUUUGUUAUCCCUGUUUUUAUGAGGAACUGUGUACAAGAAGGCAAAAGAGAAUAGGACCUCUUUGCUUAGACAACUGAGGAAAGGCCAUUAUGGUGCAUUUAUUAUCCCUUUAACCCCUUAAGGACGGGUGACGGACCUUGUCCGUCACGCGGUAAAAUUAACCCCGGAUCACCGCUGUCGCGGCGAUUGCGGGGUUAAUGGUGCUUCGGUAUGCCUCUGCAUUAGAUGCAUACCGGGAGCACCCUGUCGCUCUGACGACCGCAAGUCAGAGCGAGCACAUGUGCUCUGUAUACUUACCUUCCGGCUCCCUGCACUUCCUGGUUCUGUGUGAAGUGCAGGGAGCCGGAACAGUGCUGAUCCUGCCCCCUGCUGUAAAAAAUAAAUAAAGUUAAAGUCCCACCCCCCUUUACCCAUUGUAAUAAAAAAUUAACCCCUUCCCUGCCAAUUGAUCACUGACUACAGUGAUUAAUUGGCAGGGAUUACAUUUUACUAUGAUCUGAUUUUUAUUUUAUUUUUUAAACCCCUGAGGGUUAUUUUUUUCUUUUAAACCCUCAGGGGUUAAAUUUAUUUAAUUAAAAUAUUUUUAAAUUAUAUAUUUAGCUAGCUGGGGUGGGUGGAAGUUAGUGGGGAAUUGGGGGAUUUGGCGUUAAGCUAACUAGAGGUUAACGUUCAAAGUUUUAAAAUAAACUUUAAAAAGUUAAAAAUUAAGCUUUAAAAAAAAGUAAAAAAUAAAAAACACCCCCCUUUACCUAGUCCAAAUAAAAAUUAACCCCUUCCCUGCCAGUCGAUCACUGCCUACAACGAUCAAAUCCAGAUCACAGUAUUAUACUGUGAUCUAAUUUUUUUUAACCCCUGAGGAUUAACUUUUAUUUAUUUUUUAACCCUCAGGGGUUCAAUUUAUUUAAUUAAUUUAAAUAUUUUAUAACUAUAUAUUUUGCUAGCUGGGGUGGGUGGGAGUUAUGGGAAAAUUGGGAAUUUACUGUUAGUGCUGCUUACUGCUAGUUAGGGGUUAACGGUAAAAAAAAAAAGCUUAGAAAAAUGUUAAAUCUGUAAAAAAGUUUUAAGAAAGUUUAGGAAAGUUUAAAAAAAAUUAAUAAGCAAAACAAAAGUUUAAAAACUAGUUUUUAAAAGUAAAAAAGUAAAAAAAAGUAAAAAAAUACAUUUUAAAAACGCUCAUUACCACUACACCUGGAACAAACUAGAGAAAAAAUUAUCCCACGCCAAGGUUCAAAAUAUGCCUUUUGAAUUACCCCAGGGUGUAUUCUUUAAUAAAUAGUAUGUGUUUGUGGGGAAGUUUCAAUAACCAACCAGUCUAAACUACUCCAAAUUGGAACAUGGACACAGCGUAAAACUUCAAAGUUAGAAAAAAACUGAAUGGCUGCGUCUCAGAUGCGCCCCUUCAACAUCCACAUAUACCUGGCAAAGGUACAUACGGGGCUAUUUCUGUACUCAGCCGACAUAGCUGAGCAACAUAUGAAGUAUUAUACAGUCAUAGCACACAUAAGGUUUGCAGAAUAUAGUGUGCAAAAACUCACUUUGUGUGUCAAAAAGGCAGAAAAAACGCUUAUUACCACUACACUUGGUACAAGCUAGCGGAAAAAUGAUCCCAUGCUAAGGUUCAAAAUAUGCCUUUUGAAAUACCCUGGGAUGUCUCCUUUAAGAAAUGGUAUGGCUUUAUGGGGUAUAUGGAUUAUAUAGCCUGGUAAAAUACUCUAAAAUGGGACAUAGGCACAGCGUAAAAAUUCAAAGUUUGAAAAAAAACUGGAAUGGCUGUGUCCCAAAUGUGCCCCUCCGAUGUCCACACAUACCUGGCAAAGGUACAUACGGGGGUAUUGCUGUACUCAGCCGACAUAGCUGAGCAACAUAUGAAGUAUUAUACAGUCGUAGCACACAUAAGGUUUGCAAAAUAUACUGUGCAAACUCACUUUGUAUGUCAAAAAGGCAGAAAAAACGCUUAUUACCACUACAUCUGGUACAAGCUAGCGGAAAAAUGAUCCCACGCUAAGGUUCAAAAUAUACCUUUUGAAACACCCUGGGUGUCUACUUUAAGAAAUGGUAGGCCUUUGUGGGGUAGUUUGAAUUUAAAACCUGCGAAGAUGCUUGGAAAUUGCACAUAGGCCCAGCGUCAAAAUUCAAAGUUCGGUAAAAACGGAUAUGGCUUGGUCUCCUAUAUGGCACUGUAGCUUCACGAAGUAGUGCCAAAGACAUUCAUUGGGUGUCUUUUUACUCAGAAGACUUAGCUGAGCAUAAUUUGGGAGGUUUGAACUUAGUGGCACAUAUGAAAUAUACAAAACGCCCAGCAAAAAUGCAAUCUGUAUGUAAAAAUGCACACAAUUAUUUUUUACCACAUACCUUGGCAUAUAUUGGUGAAAAAAUGGGUGCAUGUUAAGGCACAAUAUGCACCUUAUGAGAUACCCUGGAGUGUCUACUUUUACAAAUGGUAGGCCUUUUUGUUUUUUGAACAGUCAAACUGUUAUAAUACCCCAAAUGGAAGCUAAGGCUCAUUAAAUCCACUACUGUGAAUACUGAAAAGGACAGGUAUCCUGUAUGGCACUGUAACUUCACGAAAUAGUGCCAAAGACUUACAAUGGGGGUGUCAUUUUACUUAGCAGAUGUAACUGAACACAAAAUAAAACUUUGUACAGGAAUAGCACACACCAACUUUACAAAAUAUACACGAGAAUUUCUCUGUUAUAAGUUUGUGUGCCAAAAACCAAAAAAACCACAAUUUUACUCCAAUAUUUAGCAGAGGUUGGCGGUGAAAUGGCUACGUAGAAAGUGUCAAAACAACCUUAGGUAAAUAGCCCGUGAUGUCUACUUUAUAUAAAUAUAUACUUUUGUGUGGCAAUUUUGUUUUCUUUUAUGGCUAUUAAGCUUACAAGACAAACAUACCAAAUUCUAAGAUCGCUCCACAUUAAAAGUCUAUUUUACUCCUUGUGCUUUGUGACCUGUAACUACCAAAAAAAACUUAAAAUCCCAGACACAUUAUAUAUUCUGUAAAUCAGAACAACUAAAUGAAUUUAUUUUUAAUUACUUUUCUUAACCUGCACUAAUUAUGCACACAUUAUUAUUGCAAAAACUGUAAAAAAAAAAAAAAACACUUUUCAUUUUUUUUUACAUUUUUCUGUAUUUUUUUAUAAUAAAUAAGCAUUUAUAUAUAUAUGUGUGUGUGUGUGUGUGUGUGUUACAUCAAAUUAAAGCCCUUUCUGUCCUUUAAAAAACGAUGUAUAAUAUGUGUUGGUGCAACAAAUUAGUAAAAUGCAAAUUGCAGUUGAACGCAAACAGCAAAAAAUGAAAAAAAUGCUGUUGUCAUUAAGUGAAAGACAAGCUUUUGAAGCUCUGUCCUUAAGGGGUUAAUGGAGGAAAGUUAGCGCUAGAGAACUAUAUGUCUCACUGAAUGUGUUACUUCUGCUAUUGUAUUAUGUGUCAGUGUGUGCAAACCUCUCCAUCAUUUGUCCUGUUUCCUUUCAGGGUGCUACUGCGGGUCCGUAUGCUGUAUUAUCUCAGACAGGAAGUCAUUGGGAACCAAGCCAUGAAGGUCCUGGGAGGUGUGGAUGCCAAGUGAGUAUUACUAUGUAGAAUUUUUAUUCUUUUUUUUUUGGUUUACAUUUUUGUGUCUCUUCAGGUUUGAACAUCCACAUUUUGCUUGUUUUCCCAAAAACUUCAUCCUGCCUUAUAUGGAAACCACAAAUCUACUGCUAGAUUUAUUCUGGGAUUAACAUUUGCAUGUGUCCGCUUGCUGCUGGAGUGGCAGGAAGGUAGCCUUUAAAGAUUGAACACUUCGAAACCAAUCCAGUCUGCCAGAGGGCGCAUGUCUUAAACGAGAUAGGUUCAUAGGCUGCCACUUUAGUGUCCUAACAGCACAUGAAGUCCACAAUAUCUAGGCUUCUAUACAUGACACAAUAGAUGCAAAAAUCACACAAACUCUGCAUACACAUUUUGCUGCAUUCAUGUACACACACUUCUUUCACACACUUGCAGCCCUGCGUUCACACCUACACUGACUCUCCAUAGUAAUGCACCAUGCAUUGAUAGAUGCAGAGACACUCCACACUUGCACUCCUGCAUUUACACAAACUGACAUUUCACAAAACAAAUGAAUACAUUGCUUAAUUGUACGCAAAGAAUCUCCUGAGUGUAUGCACUGAAGCACACAACAAUGAAAAUGUGAAUAAAAAAAACGGAUAUUCAUGUGCAAUUGUGGUGGCAAGUUAUUUAUGGACCAAGUCCGCAGGCUCACAUUAAGUCCUGGUUUAAUAUUUCUAACUAUGAUUUGUAAUCUGUACACCUCAAUAUGUCACGAUUAUCUGGGUUAAAAUUUGCAUAAAGAGCUCUUAACCAAUGUCCUAUAAGGACUGCAAAAUAUAUCUGAUCUGAUAUUCCAAAUAUCUUGUAUUUCUGUUUUUACAGGGAUAUUGACAUCUGGUUCCCCCAGGUAGAUCAGGUAGAGGUGCCAUCCAUGUGGUGGGAUAGAGAGGCUGACAAAUCUCUUCUUAUUGGUGUCUUUAAACAUGGUGAGUUUCACUCCCUUUUUUGUUGUUUGUGUCCUAACACAUAGGCUGUAAUAUUACAAACACUAUCUACUUUCAUAUAGGGUAUGAGAAGUAUAAUACUAUGCGUGCCGACCCUGCCCUCUGUUUCCUGGAGAAGGUGGGAGGACCUGAUGAGCAAGCCAUUGCAGCAGAGCACCAUGCUCAGGACUAUGUUGAGCUGCCUGAGACGUGAGUAUAAAUGGCAGUGUGUUUACUACGGUCAGUCCUUUUCGCUCUCUUAUAUACAGUGGUGCCAAUGAUGAGUUGCCAUGCUAAUCCUGACGCAGCAGCUAGAUUCCCCUGGGAUUUGUGCUGGGGGCGAAUGAGUUAACCCAAACUUCUCACUUUGUGAGCCCUGAGGCCAGCAAUAUAUGGGUAGAACGAGUAUGACAAGGGAUUUCUUGAGGUGCUUAUUUCUAUAUCAUGCCCUAAUUAAUGUUUCUUAAUCAUUACCUGUUUCAUUCAGUGGAGACUUCGAUCGAGAUAUAGAGGAUCCAGAAUACAGACCACUGCAUGCUCAAAAGGAUCCUGAGGAUGAGGUGAUGCACAUAUUGUCACAUGGAAAUUAAUACAGAUUUAGAGCUCCAUAAUAUGUACAUCAGUUUUAAAUUAACAUAUGUAACAAAAUUGUGUUCUCUAUUACUUAGAUUGACUCACUGAUGAUGGACGAGGAAAUAUCUGUUGUAGAUGGUGAAGAAGGUGAGUGGAAAUAAAAUGGGGAACUGCUAUUUGUGUCUUCUUAACAGUGAAGUUAGAAUGUAAGUUCCCAUCAAAACGUAUUCAUCGUUUAAAGACCAAUGUUCCAUUCAGUUGGGUAAUCAUAAAUUCAAUACUCCAGGGCGUUCCAAAAAAUAAAAGUAAAAGUUCAAACUUUUACUUUUUGGAACGCCCUGGAGUAUUGAAUUUAUGAUUACCCAACUGAAUGGAACAUUGGUCUUUAAAAGACCAAUUGAGUGAAUAAAAGUUGGUACUUUAGAUGUAUGACCGAUGAAAGUGAUGUUUUGACAUGUCCUUUUGGCAUUAUGUGAUGGUGUUAAGUAACACAUUCUAAAAUGUUUAGCAAUGGAAAGAUCAGAGAUGCAUUUUCUUACUGAUUCUAUCUGUCCAUAGCAAUACCAAUGCCCAGUGGUAUGUUAUGGCCCCCUGGCUCUGCUCUAACUGCACGUCUCCGGCGCCUUGUUACGGCCUGCCAGCGCAGCUACAAACGCGAGCAGCUAAAGAUGGAGGCUGCAGAGAGAGGUGACAAGCGCAGAAAGCGAUGUGAAACUGCUUUCAAGUUGAAAGAAAUUGCCCGCAGAGAGAAGCAGCAAAGGUAAACUUGGGACAAAAGUUCCAUUAAAAUUUGGGUUUGUCACAUUCAAAAUAUAAAAGUUGUAGAAUAUUGGUAUUUUGCUUGCUGUUUUCUAUCACCUCUCUCCUCUUAUUCUUACAUUUCUUAUUUGCUUCUGGUGUCUGGCAGGUGGACACGUCGGGAGGCAUGUGACUUUUUCCGCGUGCUGUCCAGCUUUGGAGUGGAGUAUGAUCCUGACACACAGCAUUAUGAUUGGCAGAGGUUUCGCAGUCUGGCACGGCUGGACAAGAAAACAGAUGAGUCUCUUGUGAAAUAUUUCCAUGGAUUUGUGGCUAUGUGCAGACAAGUGUGCCGUUUGCCUCCAGCUGCUGGGGAUGGUAGGUUAAAUGUGUACUUACAUGAAAGUGUUUGUGUUAUUACAUCUGACUCUACCAUUUCAUAUUUAUACCUGUCAAAGUACUAUUUAUUUUGUUUGUCUUUGGAUUUCUGCAUGCAUGUGUUUGAUAUUGUAAAGUGCUAGGGAAUAGGUUGGCUAUAUAUAAAUGUUAAUAAUAAUAUUCUCUUGCUUUUGUUUCUGUAAUCUGCAUAACCAUCUUCAAAAUCAUCAUCUUUUUUUUUUUGUCUGUUUCUGUUUUAGAACCUCCAGAUCCAUCUCUUUUUAUUGAACCAAUCUCAGAAGAACGAGCCUCGCGAGCCUUGUUCCGUCUGGACCUACUGCGCAAGGUGCGAGAGCAAGUGUUGUGUCACCCUCUGCUCCCUGCACGAUUGUCACUUUGUCGACCGGACCCAGAGCUACCAGAGUGGUGGGAAAGUGGACGUCAUGAUAAGGAGUUAAUUGAAGGGGCAGCUCAAUAUGGGUUAAGCCGUACAGACCUUACACUUAUGCCAGAUCCUUCUUUCACUUUCUUGCGCUGUCGGCUCAACUACCUCCAGUCCAGGGGUAUGACUGGGCUUUCACGUCCUUCUACUCCCACCACUGUUCCUCCACAGCCUCCCAUAGACCUUCAGCCUUCACAACUCCUCUCUGUAUCUUCGUCUGUUAGUUCCUCUCCUGCUCCUCGCAGAUCAUCAUCCUGUUCGUCUUCUGAUUCAUCACAUAACUCAGAGGACUCCUCCGAUGAAAGCAAUGAGAGUAGAGCAGCCAAAAUAAACGGUGAGUUUGGGUGCAAAGAUUACUACAGGCUUGCUAUAAAAUUACAUUCUGUUUUUUAUUUUUCCUUAACUUUUAACUUUUACCACCUCCCUGUACAUUGCAUUUCAUUGUUUGAACAGCACAAACAGUAUAUAUACUUUUAUCAAUUUAUCACAGAUUAAGUAAAACUGUUGUCACUUUUCUCAAAUUAACAAAAUUGAAUAAAUUUAGGAAAUCAAAUGUAAGUUGUUAACCAUUUUUUCACAAGAUCCACUGUUUUCUUUUAAAUAUAUACAAAAAACCUCUGUUGACUGUCACUUCGCAACUAGUGGUGCUUCGCGGGUCAGUGCAGCACUGUGUCCAGCGUCUCCACACUCUGCAUGGAGAUGCUGAAUGCUCCCCAUUGAGAUGCAAUGAUUCUAUGCAUCUCUUUGAGAAGCUGUUUUGCUGCGCAUGCACAGCAGCCUCUCACUGCUUUCCAAAGGGAUAUCAUUGGAUUGGCUGGCAUCUUCAAAUUUGAUUUAAGCCACGGAGGCAGGGCGAGGUGAUGCCAGCCAUGGCAAGACCAUUGCAGCACUGGAAAAAAUAAAAGUAAAAUACCUUUUCAAAGGGAGGCAAGGGGGGGGUCGGACAUCUAAAGCGUGUUUUUUACCACAGUUCAUAUAUAGUGUCAGGAAUACAUAUUUGUGAUCCUUUAAGUUGACCUAACUCAAAGUGCUUAGUGUUUGACAGACUCUUUUUCCUGUUUGCCUUCUGUGGCACAGUUUUCAUGACAAAUACAAGGGCAGGAGUAAACCGAAUCCAUCUUAUAUCAUAGCUGUAUGGGAGCUUUUAUCUAUUCCUGACUUUGUCUGGCAAUAAACCAUAUAGGAUCAUGCCACAUUAUAGGCUUACUUCAUAUUAUCUAGAGGAAACCUUUGCUCAUGUGCACAAUUACUUCUAUAUUUUCUUCUUCUGGUAGAUGUUUUGGUUGGAUUCUGCCAAUAGAUAUAUUGCCUGUAAAAGGUUGAUUAGUUUUAAUUUCAUGGGAAUCCUGAUUAUAUAUGGCAAGUAUUUUUCAGUCUGCAGAAUUUCAUAUAAUCAUGUUGAUGUUCAAAAAAAAAAAGUCAUAUGCAUGUAGACAUAUUUUGUUAGCGCAAACCUAUACGUUAAAAAGAAAUGCAUAAGAUAUUAAUAUGGUUACUGCUAGAAAAAACGUGCAAGAUCAGUAAAACCUGCAUUGGUGUUUUUGUUGCAGACCACUCCACUGCCUAUCUUAAAAAAAAAAUAAAAAAAAAAUAUAUAUAUAUAUAUAUAUAUAAUCUCCACAACGAAAACUGCAUGUUUAAUGAACCAUUUUUUCAUUGGGGUAUAAAUAAAAAUAGAGAGCAAAAAACGGGUUGCAAGAGUAUUCUGAGAACGGACAGCAGCUAAAAUAGCUUGGGGACCCACCGAAGGGCAGGUUAUUUUAGCUGCUGUCCGUUCUCAGAAUACUCUUGUGACCUGUUUUUUGCUCUCCAUUAGUUUAAAGGGUAAUCCAGACGUGAACCCCUUGCUCACGGUGCCUAGAGAGAUAUCAUCUAUGCCUCACUGAUGAUGCCUAACAAGGCUGAAACGAUUGUCUGGGGUUGCUGUAUCUCUCGUGCAGAGAGAACUUGCUGACAUUUCGGAUCUGGACUGCCCGUAUGGGUGGGACUAGUCUGAUAUGCUUCAGAUAUGUUCCCUCUGUAAUGGCACAAGAUGAGCUAAAACCAGCUUGAGUUCUGAGCAGGGACCCACCGAAGGGCAGGCUGUUUUAGCUGCUGUACGUUCUCAGAAUACUCUUGCGACCUGUUUUUUUGCUCUCCAUAAAUAAAAAUAGCUUGCAAAAGAUGUGAUAUCUUGUCUGCAGCUUUUGCCAGACCUUCCCUUCUUUCCCAGCCCAGACUUUCUGUGACUGUCCAACCAGACUUUCCAAUGCAGCUCAAUGGGAAGUCUUUUCAAGGUGGGUGCACAAUUGCUGCCUCUUGAGUUUAGCUGCAGAGCAAAGGGAGAGUAACAAGGUUAAAUUAAUAAGUGCCCCACUCUUUCCACCUCCCUCUCAUUUUAUUUAGGAGAGAAAGUUCCUAGUUGGCUAAUCAGCCUUUGUUUAGUGAUUAGCUCACCGCAUUUAAUUCUCCCAGUCAAAGUUUUGGAUAUUGUUAGCUUAGUUAUACUAUUGGCAUCAAAACAACUUUAGAUUAAGUAAUCCGUUUCGGUGUAUAGAUUUAUAUGGGCAUUCAAAUAUACUGUAUCCUUUUGAUGACCACAAACCUAUAUGGCUCUCACUGUGAUGGUGUUUCACUAAUGUUAUGUACUUGUUUUACCUUUUUAUUAUGAGUCUGUCAGCAAAUUGUCAUAUUGUAUUUCUGUGCUUUAGUUGUUUGGAGUGUAACUUUUAUUUAUUACAGAAGUCAAUUUGAUCAGUGACAGGGAUUCACUUAUAAAGGGAGAGUUCUGUUAAAAAUCCAGUCUGUUUAUGUUAAUUAAGAACAUGUGUUUUGCUAGCAUAUUUGCUAUCUUGUUAUCUAUGCUGGCCAUGAGCCAGUUAGAUUUGUAACACUGAAUAAAUUUAACAUUUGGACCUUGCCAAAAGAGCUACUACAUUUACAGUGCAUUUUAAUAGAAGUGCACAGAAAGCAUGCUUUCAGUAUGUCAUUGCAGCCAGAGAAGGGAUUUCCUUAUUUUUUUAUUUUCGUUAACCUCGUAUAUGUUUUUGAGUAUACCUUUUUUUUUUUUUUUUUUUUUUCUUAGCAGGUGUACCGCACUCUCACCUCUUUGAAGACGAGAGUCGGAUUUCUCUCACUGGAUCACCAGCUGACCUCACCACAGAGGACAGUGCACAGACCACUCUGGAAACACCACACAGUGCAGAAUGGCCAAAGGUAAUAUAUAGGGACACUGCUUCUCCAUUAAAUAUGUGACUUUAACGAAAUGUCUGGGUACAAAGUAUAGUUUCCAUUUAGGUGAAGCAGUUUGCUUGAUAAGUAAGAGUGCUUUUUGCCUUUCAGGAUCGGGUUCUCAUCUGCCGUAUUGAACAAGUCUGCAAUGCAGUGCUAACUGGAAAAUGGUCAGCCCCGCGGCAGAUUUCUGACCCACCUAGUGACAGUGGAGACAGCAUGUCUCCCACCAGAGAAGAACAAAGCCCUGCUCCCUUCACACAUAUACGCCCAUCUCCUGACCCCAAGGAAUUUACCAUCAAAAUAAAAAGUGUAAGUGUGCCGACAUAGUUUAGCAUAAUUAUAACAGCUUCCCAUUAAUGGGUUGACAUUGUAAUAGAGCUCUAAACCCUGUUCCUGCUUCCUGUAUUGGAUCUAAAUGGAUUUUCAGCAUACUAAACUCUUUUUUAAAGUCCUAUGACCCUAAUUCCAUUACCAUACCCAUGUUACAGCUUGUAACAAUCUAGUACAGGCUGUUCAUUUGUUUUAGAUUCUGGUUUUAUAUUUUACUAUGCUUUCUUUUAAUGGUGGUCACACAGGAGGAAGGUCUGAAGAUGAAAUUUCAGAAACACAAACUUCUUGGCAAUGGAGCACUGGAGUCCACACACCAUGUCCACAAGAAGAAAAGUAAAAAGAAGUCCAGUCAGGUAAUGAAUGCAUGCAUAGUAUUUAUUAUUUGCGUACAAUGCAUGAAGCACUUGAUACAUUACUUAUAAGCGCUUUUGGAUUGUCAAAGUUGAAGUGGUGUAUGUGUGUAUCUGUGCACACUAAUGUUGAGUGCCUUGCUUUGUAGUGUGUUGGGCACACGUGAGGCACGUUUGUGGUUAAACAUUCUUUUAGUGCAGAUUGUUGAGAGCUAUGUUAAUGUGUGGCUGGACAAUAUUUGUUCAUGCUAAUCCUGCCUGCAACAUUUUGGAUAAUAAAGCAACUCUUUUUGAGUGAUGGCAUUAAGAAGAUAGAGGCAGAUAAAGCUACUGUAAGCUGCAUCAUCGUCUCAGGCAGUCAUUGUUUCAUUUCUCCUCUACUCUGUAUGCUGACUACCAGGUUCAAAGGACCAAUCCUAUAAAUAUAAAAGACAGGGAGAUCAGUUGGAUGCACCUUGUUGCUGAAAUAAAUUAUGUAGAAUUUUACAUUUUUUUUUUUUCACCUGACAUACUUAUUUGUUAAAUAUAAGGAUAGGUAAAUGUAAUAAUAAAAAUCCAUGGGAUUGUUACUCAUUAAGGCCCUGCCUUUUGUCAUGUUUUGCUAUUUUUGCAACAUGUAUAACUAAACAAGUUAAAACUUAUUAAAAUUUAAAAGAUUGCAGUGCUAUUACAAAGUGAAGAUAAUAUCAGUAUGGAUUUACCGUUAACAGAUUUAAUGGAUAUCAGAUAAUGAAUCUGAUAUCUGUUGAUCUGUGAAAGGUACAGCCAUAUUGAUAUUAUCUUCACUUUGUAUUAGCGCUGCACUCUUUUUAAGGGUUUUUUUUUUUUUUUUUUGCUGUAUUUGGGGAAGGUUAUACACUCAAGUGUUAAAGCUUCUGUUUAUUUUUUAUAUCAUAUAUAAAUUAAUUACACAUUAUAUAGAGCUAGUACCUGUUUCCAUUUUUUUCAAGUUAAAACAUAUAAAUAGAUUCAGUGCACUCACUCAUGAAAUGUGUGACGGGGAGGGGUCCCAUUCCAGGGUCCUAUUUAAUCUUGCCCUGGAGUGAGUCCCAGAUUUAAGCAUUUUCCAAGUGGAUUAAUCUCUUAAGAGCAGGCAUUUGUUUGCUAGAGUAGGCCCUGCCUACAUUGGCGUUGUCAGGAUUAUGCAAUGUAUGGUCAUAUACUAUAACAGGGAUAGGCAACCUACGCACUAGUGCCAUGCACGGCACUCAAGGCUGUUACAGCCAAACAGGCUCUGGCCUAUCAGGAGUCCCAGUGAAACUUCAGAUAUCUGCUAAUACGAAAAGGUGGUGAAGGACAAUCCUCAAUUUAUGCAUUGCAGAUCACUUCCUCCAAACACUUGUGAAUGGGAAUCCACAGUGUAGUAGAGCAGCCUGCAGCUGCUGUUGCAGCUCCUGUCUUUGACCUGUACCUGGCCAGCUUGGUCCCCACUGGAACCCAGGGAAGCCACCCACACUGCUAGAUUUACACAGAAAUGCACAAUAAGCCUCCCCUCAUACAUACAAAUAAUACUAACAGCCCACAAACAAACAUAUAUACAAUCCACACAAACAUAACACGCUAACAAUCCACAUACAUGCACAUAACCCCACAUGCAGCCUUGCACAUGCAAUACCCCAAACAGCCCCACACAUACACUACCAAUGUGACAUAUCCAUCCACACACACAAUUCCAUAAGCAGCCCCCAUACACAGCCCACAUUCAUAUGGAUCAUACACAAUACCACAAACUACUCCUGAACAUUUACAAUAUAAUAGGUCAUAUACGCACAAAUACAACAAUACAAAGCAAUUACUGUAUGUGACACACCCCUCUGUCUUGGAACUAUGCUCUAUUCCGUUUCCUUCGUCUAUCCUUCGGUUAACUGCAGCUUAAUUGGUAAACGUUGGGAGGUCGCUGUUUAUGUAACUCCCAUGUGGCGGCGGCCAUUUUUUUUUUUUUUUUUUGAAUUCUUUAUUUUUGUUGUGCAGGAUGGUACAAGAGAUCAACAGACGCCACAACAGCGUAUUGCAGAGUUAACAUACAUUAUAUAGUGGCAUAAGAAUUUGCACAUUUUUAUAAUUUUAACCAGCUUAAGUAGACGAUUAUACUUGCAGCGUAAAAAUAAUUAAAACAAGUGAGAACGAUUAACGCUUAACAAUUGUGUAUUAAUUACGUUAGUGUCAGUAUGGUGUGCGAUCAUGUAUUCGUGUUUCAGGACUAUGGUAUGUGUUGACCAGGUAUGACACAGGCUGCUAUGUAGUAUCCUGUUCGACUGUCCCAUGGCGUGGGUGUCUGCAUGUUGUGUAAAGUUAAGGUAAAUAACGCCAUUGGGACUGCACAAUGCUCAUCUCUAUUCAUAUUCUGGCACGUAAAGAUAUACAAGGCAUGAGAAUAUAUGCUACAAAAGACCGCUAGUCACUGAUUAAGCUUGCUGAGUGUAUGUACUAGCAGGUAGAGUGCGCAAUGCAGGGUAUGGUAUGUUGAUCACAGUUCAGCAGGGACACAUGUUGCGAGCUAGGUGUCUGGGCUGUAGGUUGUCAUCUGUAAUAACGUCCCUGAGGGUGCCUAACGUAUAGGCUGGGGCCCAGCACCGUAAGCCGUUUAAUUCAUCCCCCUCAGCCUAUGCCCACAGGGUGUACAGACCUGUCCAUCUUGGGGGUGACCUGCCCGGGGGCGUCGUUGGCCCGAUGUCGGGGCUGAGUGUGGAGCUUCGUGUGUGCCUGGUCAAAAGGCCUCCAUGGUGCCCCUAGAGGUAAGUCCUUUUGCAGGUGUGAGGCGUGGGAGUGUGGGUGACCUCUCUUGAGCUGUGGUGCAGAUCGCUCCCAGUUUCCAGCUGGGUCCAGUCUUUGAGAGCGGUGUUGCUGGGGAGAUUCCUGCUUUUGCUGUGAGGCUGGUACUCGGAGAGGUGUUCUUGAGUGUCGCCGGGGUCGGGCCCCAGUUAGUCGGGGGCUUCUCUGGGCUUGUGGGCGUCGGGCUGACUUCCGCGUGGAGCAGGCCUUGCGCCUGUAUAGCAGUACCGCAGCCUUCUUUGCCGGUUGUUCGUGUUUCGCAUGAGUGGGUAGCCGGUGUGCCCGGAGUUUCAGGUGGAGCCAGAAUGCUUGCCAGAACUUUUCAAAGGAGGCCUCGAUGGGCUCAAUCUCCCGAUCACUCCUUGGAUUUGUAUGUGCUCGUGAGGGGUGCUUGUCAUCCGCCAUCUUUGGAGGCCAUGUGGCUCCAGGGUUUUUGCUCCGACUUGUUGGCCCUGCUGAGGUGAGGUUGCACCCUGUAGGGACCGGGAUAUCCCCCGCCGGUCCAAGGGGGGGAAACAGGGCUGUGCAGAUUCCUGUGGCAUCUUGGAGCCCGGGGUUGGGAGAUCGGCCGCCUCCCCCAACACCCAGGUCGUCGACCGUAAUAGGCCGCAAGCUGUAGCACUGUGUGCUGCCGUCGGGUCACCCAGAUUCAAGCUUAGGGAGUAGUCAAGGGUGUUUAGGGUGACCUUCUGGUUGCCUAGGGUCGGUUUUCUCCAGGUUUGCCUUAGUUUUUCAGGCAGUUUAGUUUAGUGUAGCAGGAGCUUGUGACAAACACGUCUAGCCAUCUUGGCUGUCAGGCCCCGCCGCGGCGGCCAUUUUAAAGUCCCGAACAGCCAGCGGCGUUCAGCGCCUAAACUAUGGAACUGAAAACGGACACUAUUUUGCACACGGAACACCGCUGAAGCUGCCGACCUCCCUUCUCUGCCAUCCAGCACACGAACAUCGGUCCGUUCGGCACUUUCCGGCACGAAUAGAUGCACCCCAGAUAGCCAUCCCAUGCAGCCAGUUCAUAUAACGAAAGACAAUGUGAAAGAAUUUGGCUCCAUGGCGAUUGAACUGUGUGCAUAGGAUCUGAGCAGCAUUCGGUAAUAAUGUGUGCUCAGAUCCCAGCUAUCUGGGGAUACGUUGAAUGUGGGGAUUCUGUUUGUGUAAUGUAAAGUUAUUGAUUUUAUUGUAUUUUUAUGUUCAGGUACAAAAUGGAGUUUAGCCUCUAUCCAUGGAGAUAAUUGGAUUACUUCCCGAUUAUCUCCAGGAUAGAGAGGAGGGUUUAUCUACACCAAAGGAGAGUGUUUAUGCUUGUGCUACUGUAUCCACAUUGUCCCAGUCUUCCAUCUGGUGUCCAUCAGGUGGGAGACCUGCAUAAAUACCGGGCAGGUAGCCCUCAAUAAACCAGAUCUCUGCUUAACCCUCAAUACGGAGCUUGGUCUCGUACUUGGGGGUAUUGGAUUCAUAUGAUUUACUCGUUCGGCUGUUUGGUUCGUGAAGGAUUUAGUAUGGUUCCUGUUCGGCUAAUUGGAACUGCUGUUAGCUGCUUCUUCAUUCGGAAAGGGAACGUCCUCAGCGGUAUUAACCCCUCUUAUACCGGGGUGUACCGUAACACAGUAUAAAUAACACAAGCAGAAUACGGCAGCAUACACACCUCAAUUUAAAAAAAAAAAAAAAAAAUAGGACCAGCACGCUAUGGGACAUCACAAUCCUAUAUCUGCACAGUGCUGCUAAAAGUUUGCCUACCCCAGUACUAUAACUAAACCCCCAUUAUUUUUGCCUAAGUGAGAUUUUUUUUUUUUUUCAACUGAAUGCGUUCUUCUGGAAAUGAUACGUUGUGCUGUGAGAUUGCACCCGGGACCUACAUUGUCUGCUUGUGAAGUGCAGGUUAUUGUGUGUGUGUGUGUAUACACAUAUACAAACACCUAACCACUUUUUGAAAACAUUUUUCAUUUUGAAAGGGAAUUGCAGUUUUUUUUCUCCCCUCCUCCCAUGUCCUUAAAGGGCAUACUUUAUGCACCAAAAAACUUAAUCAAGGAGGUUUUAUAUGUAGAGCUGUCUGACUGCUCAAUUCUCUGCUGUUUUCUUGGAGCUAAAUCACUUUAUUAAUGCAACCCUAGCUAAGCCUUUCCUAAUUGUCACUCAAUCAGCCUGAGUGACAAUCAGAGUGAAAGAAAGUUAAAUUUUUGCAGCAUAGUGUAUUUUGUUUUAGUUCUUACAUCCUGUUCUGUUAAUCAAAGUUUAAUCAUGCACAGGAGGCUGCUUUAGGCUCAGUGAGGCAAUUAACAGUGCAGGAGAUAAGCAAUUCUAAAUCAAAUACACUGUGCAGCAAAGAAGGCAAAGUAUGGUCUCUUUUCAGGAAAUGUGUAUGGGUGUGAUCUAUAUAUCAAAAUGAUUAAAGGGACACUCCACUGCCAAAUACAAAAUAAAUGCAAAUCACUGUUAAGUAGAUAUACACCAAAUAAAAACUUGCAUGCAUUUAAUUAUGCAUUUUUUUUAUUUUUUUAUUUCUUAUUGGAGGUAUAUCUAAAAACUGCUUGCAAAAACUGCAGAUCUUGUCUGCUGCCUUUGCAAGGCCUUUUCUUCUAACCCUGCCCAGACUUUGUGAUUUUUCAAUCACAGACUUGCCAAGGUAGGUGCGCUGGGCAAUUGCUGACUCUUGAGUUUAAUUUCUUUUGAAAUCACCCCACACCCCCCUUCAAAAAAAAAAAGACACCAUCUUCAUACAUAAAGCUUUUCAGCUUGAUAAAGUACUUCAGGGGUCUGGAGUGUUCCUUUAAUCAAAGGUUGUUUUGGUGCUUAGUUUCUCUUUAAGAAAAAUAAAAGAAAACCGUGUAUUAUACAGGUUUGUGUAAUACUCUACAGUUUUUGUGAGUAAGAAGAAAAUUACCAUUGAACAAUGACAUGGCUAAAAAAAAAAAAAUUACAAAAUUAAAAAUAUCUUUCCCUCAAAGUUGUCAUUGUAUGGUAAAUUCUAGUGGGUAAACAAAACACCCUUUCCCCCAACAUUUUGGAGAGCUAUACAACCCCGUUGAUGAAACUUCAGUCUCCAGCAAUAUCACAGAAGUCAAGGAUUGCUUCCUCAGGUGUCACUGUUCAGAAAGAAAUGAUUUAAGCAAACAUUUUGUUUUAGUUCUCAGGGCUCGACAAAUCCCAGAUGCCAGCACAGAAUUCCUAGUCUACCUGGCGCCUGGGAUUUGUUGAGCUGAGAUAAACUAAAACAUACGUUUUGCUAGGAUUUGUGAGGCGGGCGGUUGAGGGAGAAUGCUGGCUCAGGGCGGACUGAAGGCAGUCUGACUGCUGUGAGAACAUGGAGGAAGGCGGUUAGCGGGAGUAAUCUUCUUGCUCUGCUGUGAUGCAGAGAGAUGACGUCACUCUGGCCACGGCAUCACUAAACAGCGUGUGAGCGAGAAGAGCAGGAUGAUCAGAGCAGCCCCACUGGACACCAGUGAAAGGAUCCACUCCAGCUCUCCCAAAGGUGGGGAAGCUGGGGAAAAAAAUAAUUAGUGAGUGUGUCAGUAUCGGUGUAAGUGUGUCUGUGAGUGUGUUUCAAAUCAGCGAGUGUGUGGUUUUUAGGUCACUUUCCCCAUGCUGUGCCGAUCUUGCCGUGGUUAGCCUCGCCUACAUGGCUGAAAUCCUCAAUCUUGAUGAUCUCUUCCAAUCCAAAUCUUUCCAUUGGAAAGCAUAGAGAGGCUAUUGCACAUGUGCAGCAAAACACUGUGCCAAUCAGCAUCUUUAUGAGGAACAUUCAGCACUUCCAUGGAAAGCAUGGAGACUCUGAGGCACCUAAACUAGGAAGCACCUCUGUUGACCCACUGAGUGACUGUCACUAGAGGUGUUACUAAGCAGUAGUUUAAACACUGCUUUUUCUCUGAAAACAAUGGCAAAUGAAUGAAUUAAACAUUUAACUUUAUUGCUUUAGACAAUUGCAACUAUGGUUCGCUUUCAUCUGUUACUGUUGAACACAUAAUUUUCGUUCCCAGGUGGAGCAUGAUAUGAAUGCCAGAAUUCCAGUGGUGAAUCAGCGAGAUGGCACCCUUUUGUUAGGAGAUGAAGCUCCCCGACGUUGUCAGCUUCAUGAAUGGUUAAACAGGAAUCCAGACUUCACAGUGGACCCUCGCUAUAUAAUGGUAAGAACUUAAAUCAACUUAACAGACAUUAAUGCAAACUGCUUACAGUGGUAUUGACUCACAUUAAUUUGUUUUUGGGAAAUGCAAUCUGGGCAGGCAUUGCUUCCAUAAGUCCCAUAUACAAAUUUAAAAAAAUAAAUCAAUUUUGUGCACAAAUCGACCAUAGAGAGUCCUAUUUAACUUACCAGAUAUGCCAUGCUCAUACUUUCUCUCAUAACUGGACUGCAGCAGAGUGGGGGGGAAUGUGAUGUACUAUCACUUCUUCAUGGAACAUUAAAUGACAACCGCAUACAAUAUUCACUUCUCUCCUUUUUGCAUACAUUUUAAUUAAAUUUAAGGGUUACUCCAUUUUUCCCCCCCCACAUUUUCAAUGCCUCAUUGGGCAUUAGUUAUUAGAGGUGUCAACCUCAAAAAAAAAAUACUUGCCUGCAAUCUGGCACCCAAACUGGUUUCCACGCCCUGUCUGAUGUCACAGCCUCUCUCUCCGUUGUGCAAUUAAAAUCUUCAAACAACAAAAAAUGGAGCACUAUAGGGAGCAAGGAGUGCUAAAUGUAAAAGGACACUAUAGUUCUGGAAUACAUGAUUGAGUCCUGUCCCCUUUUCUGUGGAGUGAAAAGGUGAUUUUUAUUUUUCUCCGUUGCCACACUGGUUUCACCAUGGCUGGCCCCGCCUUCAUGGCUGAGAUCAUCAGUGUUGAUGAUCUCAGCAAAUCCAGUGAUUUCCAUAGGAAAGCAUUGGAAGGCUAUUGCACAUGUGCGGCAAAAUGCUGCGGUGUGCCAAUCUCAUAGGGAUGAAUAAAAUCCGUGCAUCUCUGUGGAGAGCAUUCAGCAUUUCCAUGAAGAGCCUGAGGAUGCUAAAUGUAGGUUCAACACCUUAUGCAGCAUUGACCCAGGAAACCCCUCUAGUAACCUUCUGAGUGACUGCCACUACAGGUGUUACUUGGUAGCAAUGUAAACACUGGCUUUUCUCUGAAAGUGCAACGUUUUCACUACUCAGCCUGCAGGGUCAUACUAUAAACCCCAGAACCACUUCAUUAAGCUGUAGUGUUUCUAAUGACUAUAGUGUCCGUUAAGGUUGGAAGCAAGAUAAAGCUUCCUCUUGCAGGCUGGCAGAUAAGCUGACCACAUCUGUCACCAAUUUGCUGUGCACGCUGACAAUAGACAUGUUUUGCACAGAAUUGACAUUAAACCGCCCGGAACAGAGUUCUGGACUUCAUAAGUCAGGUGUGGAACAAAAGUGCAAAUGAUCAAAUUUUACAGGUUUCUUCCACCGUUACCACUUCAUGAUGAAGUGAUCAUGAUGGCUGUAGUAACCCUUUAAUUAUUUAUUUAUUUAAAAAAAGUAUUAAAUGCAAAGCUUGAUGUGUUAUUUGUUUGUGUCCACAGUUCAUGGAAGAUCGCAGAAAACGCAAGAAACACAGAAGCAAAAAAUCUAAAUCUUCUGCAUCACUUGGGAGUAGCAUGCAACCUCCACAUCAUCACAAUGGAAAGAAGGUGAGUAAACCUAUUCACUCACAGCUCAUCAGACAUUUAAACUGUUUGAGACUGAUCUUUCUCUAUAGAAAUACCUUACUGAAAUACUACACAUGCACACUUUUUAAAGGGACACUAUAUUCGCCAGAACAACUACAGCUUAGUUGUUCUAGUGUCUGCAGUCAGUCCCUGCAGGCUUUUUGCUGUAAACACUGCCUUUUCAGAGGACAUUAACUCCUGUUUUGAACCUACAUGGACCAAUACCAAUGCUGGUUCGUAUGGAAAGCUGUCAAACAGCUUGUGGAUCCAUCUUUAGCUUGUCUAAGAUGUCAAUUACAUUUACAGGGUUAAUAUGCAAGUCACGUGAGUUCUGCACACAAGUAAAGUAUAUGUGGAAGCUCUGUGGAGGAGGUCCACCACCCACCACGAAUAACAUAAACAUAGAAGUCCAGAUUUGUCACAACGUAGAGUGAAAGCAAAAAUAUUUAUGAAGAUUUUUUUUUAAAAAGACAAAAAGGAUACGUUGGUUUAAUACAAGAUUAAGGCAUCACGACCGAAACUUAUCCUUUUUGUCCUUUUUUGUUAUGUCCUUAAUAAAUGUUUUUUCACUCUACGUUGUGACAUUUACAGGGUUAUUCACUAAACUCUGAAUUUUCGCAAAUUAAAUCUGUAUUGCAAAACUCAGGUAAGAAUAGCUGAUUUGAAAAACUCCAACUCUGCUUUAGUCACAGCUUGGCAAUUUUUAAUUUUACAAUUUAAAUUUAAUUUGCUAAAAUUCAGGGUUUGGUGAGUAACCCUGCUUUGAACAUUGUGGAAAACUAAUACAAAACUUGAAAUCUAUAUUACACCCUAAGUGCCAUAGUGACCUCAAAUAGAAAAAUAGAGAUUAUGUUUAACAUAUGCAAUUGGUUUCUAAAUUUUAUGGUGCAAUUUAUUUCUUAUACAUUUUCUCUACAGUCUUCUGUUCCAGAGAGUACAUUUGAUGCCAGACACCUCCCAACAGCUGCUAAAAAGAGGAAGAAACGUCCUCCUUCAAAAUUAAUCCUACCAUCUUCGCUACAUGGAGCUGGUGACUCUUCUCAUUCCUUUCCUUCAGACUCUCGGCCUGAACCCACUCCUCCGUCCUUGCGGCCUAUGUACGGGGGAGCAGGAGCUGCAAUACUUCACUCUUCAGAACUUGGAGGGUUAGGAUUACCCCGUUACCACCAACUGCAUGCAUCUUCUACAGGACGGAUGCAAGGAUCCCAUUUUAGCGAUGAUUUACCUGGCUAUGAGCCUCCCCAGCGACACUUACCUCUCAUUGAUGACCCUAUGAUGCCAGCAAACUGUUCCUCCAGUGAUGAUGAGCUGGACAGACCCUGA